GCCCAGCCAGCAGAGAGUAAAGCAGUGUUUUAACCCCUGCAUGCCUGAAGUGAGCUCUCCUUGCUGCACAGUUCUCCUGCCUCCCUGCUAGGAUUUGGAGACGUCACUCAGCGGGGGCCCUGUCCACUCCCUCUCCCUCUCAGCCUCUACUUGUUUUCUCCAGACUUUGGGAAAGAAUUAAGUGAACAAGAUCUCCUUUCCCCCUGUACCCUCACACCUCAUCCUGGGAUCAGAGCAAGGGGAGCUGCUGGAUGCUGCCAGGGUCAGUGCAGUGAGUAGGGGGACCUUACUAACCACACUGCAUCUAACAUCUUACUGCCUGCACGUUCCUUGGCUGCAGCUUUCCUGCAUAGCACUUACUGGGAGCUUUUAUUUUCCUCUCUUUUAUUUGAAAUAUGUUUUUACAGAGCCAGUAGGAACCUAACCAAGCACGUACAAUAUGGGGGUGUCAGUGUACCCCAAAACAGACCCCUGAGUACCCAGAGGGGGACAUUAACUGUCUAAUUAACAACUGGACACGUUGUGCAAAAAUAAGAAUAAGGCAUGUUUUCUCAUUGAUUGUGUGUUCAUGUUUCAUUUCAUUUUAUUUACUAAUUGUGUGAUGCUUUUCCCCAUCAGACACACUUGGGAUGUGUAUUGCACAAGCUCCAGCUGGGACCUCCUGAUGAAUUAACUCACAGACACACUGAGGAGAACACAUACAUUUUGGAACCUUCAGAGCCAGCCUGGUGGAAUUACCCAGUGACUUGAUGUGGAUUAUGGAGGUGGAAGCCAGGUCGCUAUCAGAGAAUUCGAAUUCUGUGGGUGAAGAGGUCUAUAACUGAAGGUCUACAGGAUCUCCUGGGGGAGUGAGGCAGGACUUCCUGACUGGGUCUUCUAAUGUCUCUACAAUUAAACAGACCUUGGGGUUAUUAUGCCAAUAUUUGUUUUAUUAUUUUACAAUAGUCGAGAUGAAGGAAAAAUCAAAAAACGCGGCCAAAACCAGAAGAGAAAAGGAAAAUGGGGAAUUUUAUGAACUGGCCAAAUUAUUGCCUCUGCCGUCGGCCAUCACUUCCCAACUAGACAAAGCGUCCAUCAUCCGCCUGACCACCAGCUACCUAAAAAUGAGGGCAGUCUUUCCAGACGGUGAGUACAGGGUACACAUAUCGACAUGAUUCGGCGUAGACAAGGUCCAAACACACAGCAGGUCUAACACAGACAAGGCCCAACAGAUAAAUGUCCAAACACAGCCAACAUAACGGAAUAAAACCCAAACACAGACAAGGUUCAACCGAGCAAAGUCAAAAAUAGACAAGGUACAAUAUAGUACACCCCAAACACAGCCAAAGCCCAACAGAGCAAAGUCCGACAGAGACAAGGUCCAAAAUAAACAGAAACGGUCCAUACAUAGAAACAAUGUCUAACAUAGACAAGGUCCAUCAGAAACAAAAUCCAAAUACAAAGUCCAACUAGAGACAAUGUCCAAACACACAAGGUCGAACACAGCAAAGCCCAAACACAGACAAGAUCCAAACACAGACAAGGUCCAAUAGAGCAAAGCCCAAACACAGACAAGAUCCAAACACAGACAAGGUCCAAUAGAGCAAAGCCCAAACACAGACAAGAUCCAAACACAGACAGGGUCCAAUAGAGCAAAGCCAAAACACAGACAAGGUCCAAAUAGAGCAAAGCCCAAACACAGACAAGAUCCAAACACAGACAAGGUCCAAUAGAGCAAAGCCCAAACACAGACAAGGUCUAAUAGAGCACAGCUCAAAAACAGACAAGGUCUAAUAGAGCACAGCUCAAACACAGACAAGGUCCAGGUACAGUAAAGGCCCAAUAUAGACAUGGUUCACAGCAGACAAGGUCCGACAAGGCAUGAACCAGUAAAGACAAGGAUUUUAAACUCGAUAAAUAAACUGCCCCAGGGGGGAUAUUUAGUAAUACAUUAAGAUACAUAAUGAUACAUUCAAAUACGUAUAUCAGCUAUAAAACACAAUACAAAUGUCCUGUAUAUUUGUAGUAUAUUUGUGAUCAUUAUAUUAUAAAUAGUAAGGACAGGUUUUGCCUUAUCUAUAUAAUCUAUGUGCGUAUAUAUAUAUUAAUUAAUUCACUAUUCAUACUGUGAGCAUAUUAUACCAAUAUAUUUAAUUAAAUAAAAAAUAUAUAAUAUGUGGUUGAGCUUAUAGGUGUAUUGUCAUAAUAGAUAUAUAGAUAGAUAGAUAAUUAUAUAUGAUAUUAAUAAAUACAUUAAUAAUGAUAAUUUAAAUAAUGAUAAUUUAUAUAUUCUUUUAUAGUGAUGCACGUGUAUAUAUUUUUCUUUAAAUUAAUUUAUUUAUGCAUAGCUCACUUUUGUACGGUAGUAAUACAAUUCAGGUUUAUAAUGUUUACAAAUAAACUAACUAUGUUUGUAAUAAUAUUAUUUAAUGUACCGAUAAGGGGGCGAUCUAAUCCUGGAAGGGACUGAUUAGCAAUCUGUCAUAAUGCACAAGUUAAUCAGGUUCUGAUUUAAUGAAAAGGACAGUAUUGGUGCAGGUGAAUUCUAGCAUGGCAACAUAUUGCCUCAGUUAAAAUUCCUUCCUCCAAACCAUUUUCUGCCUUUACUGAUUGACUGGAAAUUUUAUAUAAUUGUGUAUAACACAUAGGAUGGCUCCUGAUUGCAUAUGCAAAAUAUAUAAUAUACUCAGGGGGAUUGGCAGGAUAAAUAGCAGCCCCUGCAUUGAGAUAUUGUGAAAGGACUUCUGGAGCUUGCACAGGCAAGGGAUGUGAUACAGGGGGGACCUUUGUGUAGAAAUUGUUUUAUAUGAACACAAACUAACAGUGAGGGUAUUUUCACAUAGUUAGGACACCCCUCUGUAAUUCUCAGUCCAGAUGGGAAUAAAUGAGAGGUUUCCUUGGGGACGGUGUGUUUUACAAAGGAGAGUGUAAUGAUGUCAGUUUAUCCCAUAGUACAGCGCUACGGAACUUGCUGGCGCUAUAUAAAUAAUAAAAUAAUAAUUAUGUUAUAGAACUUAUAGACAAAUGAUUUGCCUCCCACACUCAUAGCCACCCCCCCCCCACACACAUCUAUAUAGACACAUACAAAACACACGCACACACAUAUACAGACACAUAUACAAAUACACACACACACACACAUAUAUAUAGAUACACCUACAAAUACACACACACAUAUAGACACACAUACAAAUACACACAUAAACGCACAUAUGUAUAUAUAGACACACAUACAAAUACACACACACAAAUACACACACACACAUUUAUAUAGACACACAUACAUACACGCAUGCACACAUACACACACACAUAUAUAUAGACACACAUAAAUAUAAACAAAAAACACAUACAUAUAAAUAGACACACAUACAUUUACAAACACACAUACAAGCACAGAAUCAUUUUGUACCAAGGUGUAAAUAUGCAUGUAUUUUUAACAUAAAUACAUUAUAUGUAUUUUUACAGUUCUGCAUAGGUAAAUAUGUUCAGUCUCGUUUAGCAGCAAACCGAAAUACUUAUUCUAUUUUAUUAUAUUUUCGAUACUAUAUUAUGUUAUAUUAGGACUUAAUAUAUCUAAUAAUAUUUACAAACAUGUAUAAAACAUGAGACUCAAUAUAUAAUAAAUAUCUCAAAUGAGAAUCAAUAUAUAAUAAAUAUCCAUUUGUGAGAUGAAAAUAUUAUAAAUUUAUAGAUCGUAUAUACGUGUGUGCAAUAUCUAAACAUAGCAUAUUUCAUUAAUAUAACCUGUGUGUUCCUUAACUGUGCCACUGAGAUAUGACUUGUUCAUUCAGUAUAAUUAUCUAUCUAUCAUCUAUCUAUCUAUCUAUCUAUCUAUCUAUCAUCUAUCUAUCUAUCUAUCUAUCUAUCUGUUCUCUGUCUCUGUCUGUCUAUCCUAAUAAUGAUACAUUUUUACACUUCUACACUUAAACAAUAUAUAGUUCUUUGAGUGUGAGUAUGUGAGUUAUGUUUAAAGCAGAAUAUACCUCUCCGGUCCUGGGAAGUGAGUUAAAUUAUUAUUAUUGUAUUAUUUAUAUAGCGCCAUCAGACUCCGUAGAGCUGUACAAUGGCUGUGAUUUGCUCCCAGGGUGAGUUAGAGGGACAUUGCAUUAACUGAAAUUCUGAUAAUUGUCUCUUGUUCCAGUAAAAUACCCCAAACAUAUUCUUUGUCAUCUGACAGAUCCAUUUAGAAGGGUUAAAUCCAACCAGCAUGUAACCCUUUCACUUCCCCAGAGUCACUGCAUUGGGGUGGUUUGACUCAUCUAAACGAUUAGUAAUUCACAUGGACUACACAAACAAUUAGAUAUUUAAAGCGCCUUAUUAAUAGUGCACUUAAACUGGUUUAGUCCUGGGAACACUGGGAUUAUUUGAAACACUGUAAUUUAAAGCAACAGUCAUCUUAAUAGCGAUGCACCAUUUCAACUCAUUUAUCAGAAGAAAUAACAAGUGUUUAGAUAAUAAGGAAUAAUGAUAGAUUGAGUGGGAAUAAUCUGAUUUAAUGCUAUUUACAGACUAAAUGCCCGGUCGAUCUCUGCAUUCCUUAUAUGCAGAAUUAUUGUAGAAUAUAAAAUUAUACUAAAAUAAAUCAAAUUAAAACACACACAAAACUUGCAAUUUUAUCACAGUUACAAUUUAUAUAAAGUUACCAUUAAUAAAUGCUGAAUAUUUUGUAAUUACCAUUUAUAUAUGCUUACCAUUAAUAUACAAGUAUUAUAAUGUGUAUUAUAAUUUCAUAUUUCAAUAUUCCCUAUUAAUAUACACUGAAUAACAUAGUUACAGUUUAUAUACGUUAACCUUUAAAAUAUAUGGUGUAUAUUCUAAAUACCAUUUAUAAUGUAAGUACUGCAAUUAUAUUAUAUAUUAUAUAGCUAUAACUUAUAUAAUGUAACCAUUAAUACAUUAUCUAUAUAAUAAUUAUCAUUUUAAUAUUACUAUUAAUAUUUAGUGUGUAAUAUAUAGUUGUAAUUUAAAUAGAUUGGGAAUUAAUAUGUGCUUUAUAGAUUUAUAAUUUAUGCAAAAUUACAAUUUUAAACCCUCUAUUUUAUAUAAUGUGGUUACCUACUUUGUAUAAUUUAUUAAAUCCUUAAGAUAAUAAAUAGCGAUUUGUACAGUUAGCAAAAUUUGUAAAUUAAAACAGCCAUGUUACCAAUGUAGAUUUUUGCUCACCUCUAGGAUAAAUUUUGCAAUUCAAUUUUCAACUCAUCAAAAAAAUAAAUAAAUCACUGUUUAAUUGCUAAUGUGCAACUUUGUCUGCUGGUAAGUGGACGCUGGGGUUAUUAUGCAAAUAGACAGCAGUAAUGUAAUAUAAUUUAAUUGUUCAAAAUGUGUUUUUAGGGAGAAAUUAAUAAUAUAGCAAGUAUUGUUUAAACAAGACAGUAAACCAUAUACAGCAUGGAAACAGUGAGAAUAAAAUAUAAUACUGUGCUAUUAUUAUGAUUUUAUUAUUUAUAUAGCGCCAUCAGAUUCCGUAGCGCUGUACCAUGGUAUAAGAAAUAACAUUUAAAAAAAAAGUUGAAAAUAAUAAAAAUUGAUUUGAGCAAUUUUUUGUGAGAAAUGCCCAUCACAGGAUAUUUUUUGCGCUGUCCGUAUAUAACAUUAUUAUAUGCAAACACACAGCAAAGAAAUUAUGAAAAAAAGGGGGUAAAUCUUGCCUCAAAUUAUUUAUAGUCAUUUAUUAGUGAAAACUAAAAUAUUUACUCCCUUUUGUAAGUCACACAAAGCUUAUAUACUUAUGCUUAUAUUAUGCAAUAAAAUUAUAUCUCAAAUUCCAUUUCAUUUAUAUUAGUGUAGCACAUAUGUAAUAUUCCCUGAUAAAAAUGCAGUUAAUAGUUAUAUUUUAUUUAGCCGAUAUAUAACAAUGUGUAAAAUGUUACAAUAACCUGACUAAAUCGCACUACGCAAUAAUAUGAAUCUAAUAAAGUAUUGUGUUUAAACUUAAAAUUUUAAUCUGAUAUAUAACAUUGUCUCAGAAAUUAAUUGUAUCCAAUAACUGUUAUACUACAUUGUAUUUUAUUAAUAAUUCUGUUAUAAUAUUGUGUUAGUAUGUAGAAUAGUUAUCUAAUACUUAAACUACAGUUAUUAAAACACUGUAACUUCUAAGAAAAUAUUAUUGCACCCCAUGUAAUAAGUCUCAUCUCAUUUAUUUAUUACAGUUUUAUUUAUAUUGACUGUCUCAUUAUAUAGUAUAUCUUAGAUGUCUAGCGCUUCAAUAAAUAUAUUGUAUUUCAUGCCAUUUAUUAUUAGGGUUUUGAUAUAAUAUUGAGUUAGUAGUUACAAUAUUUAUAUGAUAUAUCAUAUUAUGUAAACGGUUAUUAUACUGUACUAUAUGUAUUGAAUUGGAUGCCAUGUAAUAAUAGAUUUUUGAUAUAUUAUUACUCUAGUAGUUAUAAUUAAUUAAUAUAUCCUGAUUUAUUAUAGACAGUAAUGUGUCAGUAAACAUAUUAUAUUUAAUCCCAUAUAAUAAUACUUUACUGAUAGGAUACUAAGUACCUAUUCAUGUAAACAUUCCAAUCUUGGAUAGAAUAUGAGGUAGUUUAUGCUAAUCAUACUAUUCUGUAUUAGAGUAGACAGGAGGCUUCUCUGUUAGUAAAUCAGCUUUGUGGAGAAGGAAUUGAAAAGGGGGAAGGGACACAAACAGAAGGGGGACAGAUAAUUGGGAGAUUUUCCCAUUCAUCGUGUGUUCUGUGUGACUGUUUCUUAAGGACUUGCUAUGUAUUUUACAUUACACUUUAUAUAGUAUUGUAGCUAUUUCACCCCAGUGAGAUUACUCUCUGGCACUGACCAGUAAUUAAUUACUACAGUCCACAUUAAUAGAUUUUAAGUUUGGCUAAAUCUCUAGAUAGAUAUGACCUACAGUAAUAGUCUGAAGGGACAGUAAGUGAGAUCCCUGUGUUACAUCAGUCACUAAAUUCUCCUAUUUACUUCCACACUGGGUAAAAGUCACAGAUAACUGAAUGUAUCUCAGUAUUGCCAUUCCUGGUAUCUAUAUAUCUUACUUCACUAGUUUUCAUUAAUAUUCUACAGUCCUUUUAUUGCAGUCAUACAGUCACUGCCCCACUGUAAACAUUAUAGUCACUGCUACUACUGUACAAUUAUAGUCACUGCCCCACUAUAAACAUUAUAGUCACUGCUACUACUGUACAGUUAUAGUCACUGCCCCACUAUAAACAUUAUAGUCACUGCUACUACUGUACAAUUAUAGUCACUGCCCCACUAUAAACAUUAUAGUCACUGCUACUACUGUACAAUUAUAGUCACUGCCCCACUAUAAACAUUAUAGUCACUGCUACUACUGUACAAUUAUAGUCACUGCCCCACUAUAAACAUUAUAGUCACUGCUACUACUGUACCAUUAUAGUCACUGCCCCACUAUAAACAUUAUAGUCACUGCUACUACUGUACUAUUAUAGUCACUGCCCAACUAUAAACAUUAUAGUCACUACUACUACUGUACCAUUAUAGUCACUGCCCCACUAUAACAUUAUGGUCACUGCUACUACUAUACAAUUAUAGUCACUGCCCCACUAUAAACAUUAUAGUCACUACUACUACUGUACCAUUAUAGUCACUGCCCCACUAUAAACAUUAUAGUCACUACUACUACUGUACAAUUAUAGUCACUGCCCCACUAUAAACAUUAUAGUCACUGCUACUACUAUACAAUUAUAGUCACUGCCCCACUAUAAACAUUAUAGUCACUGCUACUACUGUACAAUUAUAGUCACUGCCCCACUAUAAACAUUAUAGUCACUGCUACUACUGUACUAUUAUAGUCACUGCCCAACUAUAAACAUUAUAGUCACUACUACUACUGUACCAUUAUAGUCACUGCCCCACUAUAAGCAUUAUGGUCACUGCUACUACUGUAAAUUUAUAGUCACUGCCCCACUAUAAACAUUAUAGUCACUGCCCCACUAUAAACAUUAUAGUCACUGCUACUACUGUACAAUUAUAGUCACUGCCCCACUAUAAACAUUAUAGUCACUGCUACUACUGUACACAUUAUAGUCACUGCCCCACUAUAAACAUUAUAGUCACUGCUACUACUAUACAAUUAUAGUCACUGCCCCACUAUAAACAUUAUAGUCACUGCUACUACUGUACAAUUAUAGUCACUGCCCCACUAUAAACAUUAUAGUCACUGCUACUACUGUACAUUAUAGUCACUGCCCCACUAUAAACAUUAUAGUCACUGCUACUACUGUACAAUUAUAGUCACUGCCCCACUAUAAACAUUAUAGUCACUGCUACUACUGUACUAUUAUAGUCACUGCCCACUAUAAACAUUAUAGUCACUACUACUACUGUACCAUUAUAGUCACUGCCCCACUAUAACAUUAUAGUCACUGCUACUACUGUACAAUUAUAGUCACUGCCCCACUAUAAACAUUAUAGUCACUACUACUACUGUACCAUUAUAGUCACUGCCACAUUAUAGUCACUGCCCACACUAUACUAACAUUAUAGUCACUGCCCCACUAUAAACAUUAUAGUCACUGCUACUACUGUACAAUUAUAGUCACUGCCCCACUAUAAACAUUAUAGUCACUGCUACUACUGUACAAUUAUAGUCACUGCCCCACUAUAAACAUUAUAGUCACUGCUACUACUGUACAAUUAUAGUCACUGUCCCACUAUAAACAUUAUAUUUACUGUCCCACUAUAAAGUUAUAAUCACUGUCCCGUUAUAAAAUUAUAAUCACUGUCCCACUAUAAAAAAUAUAGUCACUUCCCCAAUGUACAAUUAUAGCCAUUCUCCCUUUAUUAAAAUCAUACAUCAACUGCCCUCACUUUAAAAAUUGCUCACAUUUACUUUAAAAAUUACUUACACUUCAAUACUAUUAAGAAUUUAUCACCUGUCACUGAGCAUUCAGAACUAUACUGUAUCCACUACCAUGUGAGUCCAUGAAUUAACCCACUACCCUGUGUGUCCAUUAAUUAAUCCUCUACCCUGUGUCCAUUAAUUAAUUCUCUACCCUGUAUGUCCCUUAAUUAAUCCACCACCCUCUGUGUCCAUUAAUUAACUCACUACCCGGUGGGUCCAUUUUUUAACCCAUUGCCAUGUGUGUCCAUGAAUUAACUAUCCUAUGUGUCCAUUAAUUAAUGUGUGUCCAUUAUUAACCCACUACCCUGUGUGUCUACUAAUUAACCCACUACCCUGUGUGACCAUUACCCUCUGUGUCUAUUAAUUAACCCACUACCCUGUGUGUCUAUUAAUUAACCCACUACCCUGUGUGACCAUUACCCUCUGUGUCUAUUAAUUAACCCACUACCCUGUGUGUCCAUUAAUUAACCCACUACCCUGUGUGUCCAUUAAUUAACCCACUACCCUGUGUGUCCAUUAAUUAAUCCACUACCCUGUGUGUCUAUUCAUUUACCCACUACCCUGUGUGUCUAUUAAUUUACCCACUACCCUGUGUGUCUAUUCAUUUACCCACUACCCUGUGUGUUCAUUAAUUAAUCCACUACCCUGUGUGUCCAUUAAUUUACCCACUACCCUGUGUGUCCAUUAAUUUACCCACUACCCUGUGUGUGUUAAUUGACUGACUUGGAGGAUUUUGCCAUUUUGUCUAUUGAGGCCUAGAAUUAACAAUCAAUGGUUGUAUUCUACUCAUAGAAGGUUAUUCAGUAACAUGACAAUAUCAAUUGAAUUAAAAGUGAAUUUCAAACUUAAGGCCAAAGUAGUUAAACCGGAAACAUAGCUGACUUGAAGAAAUGUUUCCGUUCUGCUAUUUUGACCUCAGAUUUGAAAUUCACUCUGAAUUUACUUGCAAUUCUAUUUACUACUUUAAUUACUUGUAUUUACCAUUUAACAAACUUUAGUAUGUUGAUGUGUUUUAUCCAUAUGAGCUAAUUAUUCUAUAAUAUCACCAACGGUACCCCCUUGGCUCUCACAAUCCCUUACUCCAAUACAGUCAUGCACCCAUUAUAUAUGUAUGAUGACCCCUUAGUAGUGGUGUCUGCUUUGCUUUUAUAGAUGUCAGCCUAGAGGCUGCUGUAAGGAAACCAAGUACAUUUAAACCUUAAUCGGUAGUUUCCUCCCGAACAGCCAGAGCCCAGUGAAUAUAGCCCUCCGUUCGGUAGUUAUAGUAGACGAAUUCCCAAUUGUAAAUCCAAUAGUGUUCCUGGAUAAUUCCCACAGUAAAACACACAAACUCCCAAACAGCAUACGUAGUCAGAAUAAGGGUACAAAGAUGAACUGGAGGUUUAAUUACAUUUUUAUGGAAUUCAGCCCAUGCAAGGGAGCCUCCCAUAUAAUUAGCCAUACAUCCAAUCCUAACAAUAUACAUACUGUACAUCUCCUCCCCUCAGAUAACCAUUAAACACAAUUAAAACGUAACAGAAAUUCCCCAAAGUUUGGAUGUACCCCAAGGACAUGGUGUCCCCAGAUAGCUAUUGUCUGGGAGACCAACAUAUUAAAAACUCAGUCCAUUCAGUUCUGCCGUUCGGGAGAUAUAGGACUUAGAAGUUUUGACCGACUGCACGGGCAAAGUAGCCGAAAACAGUUCCAUGAAUUCUGGCCCUGCAGUCGGUCUUAGAUCGCAUGAAAAACCUCCCGAACGGCCGGCCAUCCAGCUGCCAUCCUUGGUUCGCUUGAUUCCCCAUCUGUUGGUAAGUCUUUCUACCGAACGCCCGGUCGUUCGGUAGUUUGGAAGGGGUUUUACCGAAGGUCUGGAGGCUUCAGCGGUGUUCGCCUGUUUGAGUGUCCGUUUUCCGUUCCAGACAUUCAAGGGCAAACAUCGCUGUUCGGGAGCUAAAAUGGCCGCGAACACGAGGAAGUCCCGAAAUGGUGACGAAACCUGCCGUUCGUGCAAAACUUCUGCCGAACGUAAUCCAGCCAGCAAGGGGGUACAGUCUGUAUACAGGGGUGACAGGGUGGUCUGCAUUCGGUAGUUUUACCUACCGAAUGCCAUAGGGAAACAUUGCUAUUGACAACAAAUACAAGAAGUGCAUAUACAGUAAAAAAGGCAUUUCUUCACAGCUGCGCUAAGCAUCAAGGGAAAUGUAGUCCAUUUGCCCCUGCAGUGCCACAUUUAGCCAGCUCUGCUGUAGCUCUGCAUGUCUUAUAUAUGUGGAGUUUGUUCAGUGUUCAUAGACAGAGCAUAUUUAUUGUAUUAUAGAUAUAUUUAAUUGUGUGUCCAUUAAAUCUUUACCUGACUCCACAUACCAGAGUAGCAAUGUGAUGUGACCUAUAUUAUGUAAUAUUACAUGUUACCUUACUUAUAGUUACUAUUACUGCAAACCGGUAUACAUUAGAGAGUAAUGAUACCGUUACUAGAAGCUGCUACAGAGUCCUUAGUACUAGAAGCUGAUAGAGUGAGAAUGUUAUUGGGUGCUGAUCUUAUACAAUAUUACAAUUACUAAAACUGAUCUUAUACAAUAUUACAGUUACUAUAGCCUGACCCUCAACAAUGUUACAGUUACUAUAGCCUGACCUGCAAUAAUGUUACAGUUACUAUAGGCUUAUCUUAUACAAUGCUACAGUUACUAUAGCCUGACCCGCAACAAUGUUACAGUUACUAUAGGCUGAUCUUAUACAAUAUUACAGUUACUAAAACUGAUCUUAUACAAUAUUACAGUUACUAUAGCCUGACCCGCAACAAUGUUACAGUUACUAUAGCCUGACCCGCAACAAUGUUACAGUUACUAUAGGCUGAUCUUAUACAAUAUUACAGUUACUAAAACUGAUACAAUAUUACAGUUACUAUAGCCUGACCCGCAACAAUGUUACAGUUACUAUAGCCUGACCCGCAACAAUGUUACAGUUACUAUAGGCUGAUCUUAAACAAUGUUACAGUUACCAUAGGCUGACCUACAACAAUGUUACAGUUACUACAGACUGAUCUACAAUUAAGUUACAGUUACCAUAGCCUGACCUACAACAAUGUUACAGUUACUAUAGCCUGAUCAACAACAAUUUUACAAUAACUACAGGCUGAUCUACAACAAUGCUGCAGUUACUAAAGGCUGACCUACAACAACCUUAAAUACAGUUACUAUAGCCUUGCCUGCAACAAUGUUACAGUUACUAUAGCCUGACCUGCAACAAUGUUACAGUUACUAUAGCCUGAUCAACAACAAUUUUACAGUUACUAAAAACUGAUCUACAACAAUGUUACAGUUACUAUAGGUCCAUCUACAACAAUGUUACAAUUACUAAAGGCUGAUCUUAUACAAUGUUACAGUUACUAUAGCCUGACCUACAACAAUGUUACAGUUACUACAGGCUGAUCUUCUGAAACAAUAUUAAUUCCUAUUACUAGAAACGGUUAUAAAGUAAAUUAGUUAUUUAUUGUAACCACAAACAGCUAUAAAGUAACACAGUUACUGUUCUUAGAAACCGAAAUAGAGUAAUUAUAUUAUUGUUUCUAGAAAUGGAUACAGAGUAACAAUGGUAAUGUAACAAAAGUUGUAAUAGGUUAAUACUGGGACUGGGAGUGGGUGCUGCUGUAAAGAUGUUACUGUUACUAAACGUUGGUACAGAGUAUCAAUGCUAUUUCCUGUUACUAGGUGCUCAUAUAGAGCAGUGUAAUGACACUGUUAAUAGAUCCUGGCAUAGAGUAACAAUGUUACUCAGUGUAGAUGGCUGCUCAGUACUAUUAGUGUAAGUCAUUAAUGUGACUGUGAGUAGUGUGUGGAGUGUCUGUGUCAAUUAUUGUUACAGUAAUUCUAUGUGUUGGUCCCCAGUCUCUAUACCCUAGCUCCCUGACCAUCUCAAUCUGUAUAUUGUUUAUAAAACAUGUCCCCAUUAUUUACAGAUAAACAAUUAUUUCUCCUUCAAUCUUUGCCGUUGUUUUCAUUCAGACGUGAUUCUUUAUUGUACUGAUAUGAGACACAAGGGGUUAAUUCACUAAUGAACCUGGUGAUUUGUAACCAAACUAAUUCAUUAAACGGUAAAUAAAAGCUCUGGUAAACAUGGCUCUAUCUACUUAAUCUAAUCUGGGCUUUUUAUGAACUGAUCAGAAUUGUACUUAAUUGAGUAACAGAUACACCUAUAAUGACUGGGUUUACAGAAACUGUAAUUUUCGAGAACUCAAUAUCCCAUAAUGCCCAGCAAGCCUGUAUAAGCAUUCAUUUUACUUCAUGUUAGUAAAUAUUCCCAUUUCUAUAGUAAAUAAAUUCCUAUUUAUAAAAAUCUUAUUCUCUGCAUGUAACUCUUUGAUCACAAGUGAAGUCUAUCUGGUACUCUGUAAUGAAAGGGAUUACAGGAGGGAAAUAUUUGCAAUUUAUUGAUGAAAUACAAGGUGUUUAAAGUAAUUCUGGUAUAAAUUUAAUGAAAAUAACACAUCCAGCAUAAAGAGAGAAAAGGCACUUAGAGGCAUGUGAAUCAUUGUAAUUAAACCCUUGUUUCUCAUCCUGCCCUCUUUACUCUGGUCCUGCUUUCCAGAGGUGGAGAUUGGUCCCAUUCUGUAUCCAUGAUUGGAUCACAGGGUCCCAUUCUGUACCCAGGAUUAAAUCACAGGAUCCCAUGCUGUAGCCAGGAUUAGAUCAUGGGUACCAUUCUGUAUCCAGGAUUAGAUCACAUGAUCCCAUUCUGUAUCCAGGAUUAGAUCCCAGGAUCCCAUUCUGUAUCCAGGAUUAAAUCCCAGGAUGCCAUUCUAUAUCCAGGAUUAGAUCACAUGAUCCCAUUCUGUAUCCAGGAUUAGAUCCCAGGAUCCUAUUCUAUAUCAAGGAUUAGAUCACAGGAUUCCAUUCUGUAUCCAGGAUUAGAUCUCAGGAUCCCAUUUUGUAUCCAGGAUUAGAUCAUGGGAUCCCAUUCUGUAUCCAGGAUUAGAUCACAGGGUCCCAUUCUUUAUCCAGGAUUAGAUCACAUGAUCCCAUUCUGUAUCCAGGAUUAGAUCACAUGAUCCCAUUCUGUAUCCAGGAUUAGAUCCCAGGAUCCCAUUCCGUAUCCAGGAUUAAAUCCCAGGAUCCCAUUCUGUAUCCAGGAUUAGAUCUCAGGAUCCCAUUCCGUAUCCAGGAUUAGAUCCCAGGAUCCCAUUCUGUAUCCAGGAUUAGAUCACAGGAUCCUAUUCUGUAUCCAGGAUUAGAUCCCAGGAUCCCAUUCUGUAUCCAGGAUUAGAUCCCAGGAUCCUCUUCUGUAUCCAGGAUUAGAUCCCAGGAUCCCAUUCUGUAUACAGGAUUAGAUCCCAGGAUCCCAUUCGGUAUCCAGGAUUAGAUCCCAGGAUCCCAUUCUUUACCCAUGAUUAGAUCCCAGGAUCCCAUUCCAUAUGCAGGAUUAGAUCCCAGGAUCCCAUUCUGUAUCCAGGAUUAGAUCCCAGGAUCCCAUUCUGUAUCCAGGAUUAGAUCACAGGAUCCUAUUCUGUAUCCAGGAUUAGAUCCCAGGAUCCCAUUCUGUAUCCAGGAUUAGAUCACAGGAUCCUAUUCUGUAUCCAGGAUUAGAUCCCAGGAUCCCAUUCUGUAUCCAGGAUUAGAUCCCAGGAUCCCAUUCGGUAUCCAGGAUUAGAUCCCAGGGUCCCAUUCUUUACCCAUGAUUAGAUCCCAGGAUCCCAUUCCAUAUGCAGGAUUAGAUCCCAGGAUCCCAUUCUGUAUCCAGGAUUAGAUCCCAGGAUCCCAUUCUGUAUCCAGGAUUAGAGCACAGGAUCCCAUUCUGUAUCCAGGAUUAGAUCAAACAAUCCCAUUCUGUAUUCAGGAUUAGAUCCCAGGGUUCCAUUCUGUAUCCAGGAUUAGAUCCCAGGAUCCCAUUCUGUAUCCAGGAUUAGAUCCCAGGAUCCCAUUCUGUAUCGAGUAUUAGAUCCCAGGAUCCCAUUCUGUAUCCGGGAUUAGAUCCCAGGAUCCCAUUCUGUAUCCAGGAUUAGAUCCCAGGAUCCCAUUCUGUAUCCAGGAUUAGAUCCCAUUGUCCCACUCUGUAUCCAGGAUUAAAUCACAGGGUUCCAUUCUGUAUCCAGGAUUAGAUCCUAGGAUCCCAUUCUGUAUCGAGUAUUAGAUCCCAGGAUCCCAUUCUGUAUCCGGGAUUAGAUCCCAGGAUUCCAUUCUGUAUCCAGGAUUAGAUCCCAGGGUCCCAUUCUGUAUCCAGGAUUAGAUCACAGUGUCCCCUGAUCCCCCUUUCCCUUUCACUGUUCUGGGUCUUGUUACAUGAAUGUGUUAUUUGUUGUUUUUUUGUUUUGUUUUUUUGCUUAGGAAUAGACAUUUUCUGACAAGUAAAGUUGUGUUUAAAUGUCUAAUCUGAGAAACAAAGAGCAAAACACGUACCAGAACUGUGAGACCAGCAGGGGAGACACUGUAUAACGCAGGAGUAUUAACCCCAUAAUCCCCAUGGAAGCUGUAAGGGUAUUAACCCCAUGAACCCCGGAAAGGAAAAAUGACAUCAGCUCAACGUGAGCCAUCAUUUUUAACCCCUUGACAUUUAGUGCUGGGAGGAAAUGUUUUGAAAAAACAAAACAGACAUUAUUAAUCCCAAAUAAACUGCAGAGGAAAAUAAAUCUACAAUAACCCAGUGAUUCAGUAAUAAUACCAAAUGGGAGUCAGAGAAAACAACUAUAAUGUCACAGAGUAUUAAACCAAGGAGAGAUGGUGAAAAUGUGUACCUAACAGCCCAUUGGCCUAGAGCUAUUAAAGCAUGCUGGUAGGGAGUGUGAAUGUGUGUGAGUCAGGGCUAUUAACUCAGUGAAUGCUGGUAGGGAGUGUGAAUGUGUGUGAGCCCAGUGAUUCAGGGCUAUUAACUCAGUGAAUGCUGGUAGGGAGUGUGAACUCAGUGAUCCAGGGCUAUUAACUCAGUGAAUGCUGGUAGGGAGUGUGAAUGUGUGUGAACGCAGUGAUUCAGGGCUAUUAACUCAGUGAAUGCUGGUAGGGAGUGUGAACUCAGUGAUCCAGGGCUAUUAACUCAGUGAAUGCUGGUAGGGAGUGUGAAUGUGUGUGAACGCAGUGAUUCAGGGCUAUUAAGUCAGUGAAUGCUGGUAGGGAGUGUGAAUGUGUGUGAACGCAGUGAUUCAGGGCUAUUAAGUCAGUGAAUGCUGGUAGGGAGUGUGAAUGUGUGUGAACCCAGUGAUUUAGGGCUAUUAACUCAGUGAAUGUGUGUGAGCCCAGUGAUUUAGGGAUAUUAACUCGGUGAAUGCUGGAAGGAAGUGUGAAAGUGUACGAGCCCAGUGAUUUAGGGCUAUUAACUCAGUGAAUGCUGGUAGGGAGUGUGAAUGUGUAUGAACCCAGUGAUCUAGGGCUAUUAACUUAGUGAAUACUGCUAAAAAGUUUGAAUGCGUGUGAGCCCAAUGAUUUAGGACUAUUAACUUGUAUUUAUUUUAUUCAUUUUAUUUAUAAACUUUGUGACCUUUUGACAAUCCAUGCACACAAACCAUUAAAACUCGGUGUAUUGCUUAUGUAAAUAGUCUGUGAAUGUCAUCCUACAAUUUUUGACCAAAUUUUUCUGAGCAGUUUUACAAAGAAACAUAGGUUUCCCAGCACCCUGAGACCACCUUCCUCAACCGCAUAAAUAAUGCUGAGACCACCUUCCUCAACCGUAUAAAUAAUGCUGAGACCACCUUCCUCAACCGUAUAAAUAAUGCUGAGACCACCUUCCUCAACCGUAUAAAUAAUGCUGAGACCACCUUCCUGAACCGCAUAAAUAAUGCAGAAUUGACACAUCUAUAUUGAAUCUCAAUCUUCCAGCCUGAAUGAGCAGUGAUGAGUGUGAUGUGAACCUUUAAAAAGUACUUGUGAAAACUACAAAGUUAUGUUCACUUUAUACAGCUAUUUAUUUAUAUUGCUACAUAGUAAUCUCUGUUGAAAAAAGGCUUAAGUCCACCAAGAUCAACCCUCAAAACCCAUGCUGUUGAUCCAAAAGUAGGCAAAAUACACCCUUUUAAGCAAUUUACAUUUAUACCACAAAAAGUGGGAAAACAUCCCUUUUGACUCCAAAAUAGAAAUCAGAUUUCGCUGCGAAUUAACAACCUGUUUACAUACAUAUUAAUUAUAUCCAUGAAUAUGCUGGGGGGGAGAAGGGGAGACAUCCAGCCUUUUAAUAAAAAUAGAUAUAUAUAUGUAAAUAAUCUGUUACCCUAACUCUUUGGGUAGAGAAUUCCACAUCUUUAUUGUUCUUGUUUUAAAGAACUCUUUCCUUUGCUGUAAGUGAAAACUCCUUUCUUCCACUCUCAAUGGGCUACCUCUUGUCUGUUGUAUAUUCCUGCUAGUGAACAGGUUAGCACACAGCGGUUUGUACUGUACCCUGUAUAUAUUUGUAUAUGACUAUCUUAUCCCCUCGGAUAUAUCUUUUUUUCUAAGUAAUUCAUUUUGUAGCCUGCCUCUGCACUUUAACUAGUUCUACAAAAUAUUUCUUUAAACUGGUGCCCAAAAUUGAACCUCAUAUUCAAUUGCAAUCAAUUCCAUUGAUUUAUUAAGAGGCAAAAUUCUAUUUUGAUCACAUGACUCAAUAUCCCUUUUAAACCUUAUCAGCUUUAUAUAAAGGUUAUUUCAAUUUGGAGUUUUUUUUUGGUAAGGACCUGUUUAAGUCACUCUCCCAAACCCUCCAUCCUUCAGUUGAAUUUAAAGGGGCAGUAAAAAGGUUCUGUGAAUGCAAUAUACGAUUGCCCUGAUGAACACGCAAUGUUCCGUAUAUUAUACUGUGUGUCUGAGAAAAAUCAUCACAUCUCUGAUAUGUUAUAGUGUCCGGCACUGUAGUUUAUAGAGGGGUGCCAGCUGUCAAGCCUAACACGGAUGUUGCCUUGGCGUGUUGCAUUUUUACGAUAUGUGUUUGGGGUUAUUUUUCUUCUUUGUUUCGGUUGAACAUCUGCAGAGCUUCCAAUAAACUUUGCAAAAUAAACUUUUUGCACUGCCCCGCUGACUUUUUAGUACUCGCAGUUAUAUCACAUAUUUUAUAGAGAUACUUUGCAUAGUGAAUUUAGUUCAGUAUACCAAUUUCCUCUUCUUUUCACAUCCUAACAAAUGGAAUUUAUUCACUAAAAUGCCAGAUUUUGGAGAACUGAAAUUAAGUCCAAAAAGGCUUAAUAAAAAAAAAAAAAAAAAAGUAUCUGAGGUGCCUUUAAGGAUUCCCUAUUCUGAUGGACAGAGGAGCUGUUUGGCUGCAUUGGAAUUGGUCAAAUACAUUUUUCAUGAAACAUACCUUCCGCCAAUGCUCACAUAUAUUUACAUUCCAGGGAGAAAUUUAAGGCAUUAAACAUGAUGGCGAAAUGUGGCUACUAUUAAUGUUAUGAGGCUUGAAAUUCACCUGCCAGCAGAGGUGAUGUGUGUUGGUGGCUUUAAGCGCUAAGGCAAACCUGUGUGCCUGUUUUGUCCCAGAUCCCUUUAUGUCAUCUUCUUUAGAAUACGGGAUUUGUCCAAUUAAAACUAUUGGCUUAGCGCAGUGCUGUUCCUAGAGGCAGGAACUAUUUAGCAUCCUCUGUGUAGCGGAACUAUUUAGCAUCCACUGUCAGUCACACCUGCUUUCAUCUUGUUGGCUGACUGUGGCGCUCCUCUAUGAGAAUCAUCGGAUUGGACGUUGAAUGAUGCAGGUCGAGCAGCGGCAGGAUCUUGAUCGCGAACCUUGAAAUAAAACACAUAUCUUUCCAUUCUUUAUUUAUAUUUAUGAGGGAACCUGAAUCUAAAUACAGACCAGAACACUAUAGCGUUGGGGAUAUAGGUUUGUAUUCCUAAUCUUAUAUAGUGUUCCUUUAAGGAUUUCAGCCAAGUCAUGAUACUCCAACACUGAGAUUAGUAGAUUGAGUGCCACUGGUCACUUCUCGCACUCAAACUACAGUAGAUCCAAGGCAAUACGUUUCCUUGUCACUAAUCUAAUGAAGCUUCCAAGUUCCAAUCACAUUUUAAAAUCUAGUUGUUUUUGGUUACAAUCGUUAUUUGUGAAACAAUGAAUAACAAGGAACGUAUAUUGGGUAAACAAGCAAAAUGCAUCGAGCAGGAACUACAGAACUAUUGGAUCAGUGAGACAUGACUCCCAUAGGUCAAAGUAUUUUUUUUCUGUGCUUGGAGAUAAUUGGAUUAGAUUAGUACAGUUCCUGAUCCAAGGCACAGAGGAGGGAUUAUCUGAUUUUGUAUUGGAGUGUCCUGGACCUGAGAGCCAAUGUGAUUGUGUAUUUGUUUCUACAGUGGUUUACUCUCAGGUCCAUGGGGGGGGGGGAGAUGGGGAGUGUCCUUGCAUGGGGACAUGCAUAUAAGACAAGUUGUGGCUGCCAUUAAAGCAUUACAGCUUGUGCUCCUAGAACUAUGUGUCAUCUGGUUACUGGGAGGGGAAAGGGCUAAUCACUAUUCCAGUGUGGAGGAUUCAACUGGGAAUGUUCUUGUAAGGACUAGAGCUCCCAGGACUGAGUAUCGUCCAGUUCUUGUAAGGACUAGAGCUCCCAGAACUGAGUAUCGUCCAGUUCUUGUAAGGACUAGAGCUCCCAGGACUGAGUGUCGUCCAGUGCAUGGGGGUGGAUAGAGCGAGUUCCCCAUUCGGCUCCAGGAGGGAGCGGUUCCAGGGCCCCUGUCUAGCCACGACUGUGGGCAAAGAUGCUGCGGGCUGUCCUCUGUUCUAGUUAGGAAGUGGUCCUUGGUAGAGGUACCCAGCCGGGGUACAGGGAACUCCGUUACAAUGACCAUGUUGGAAGUUGUACAGCAGCUGUAUUGUGAAAUAAUUCUAUUCUAAUAUUCUCUGGUGUGUAACAAAAAACUCAGAUUUCCGUGGAUAUAAAAAUGUGACUUAGACAUAGGAUUAAUGAAUUGGCUCGGUUUUUUCAUGUAUUUAAACGUGUUCUUGUGGGAGGGUGCAAGAUGGGAAGGCACUGUUUUAUAGCAUUUUCUAUAUAUUUUAUUGGGAAUCAAAUGAUUUCACUUUAUGUGAAACUACCAUGUUUACAGUGGUAUGUACUAAAAUGAGAAUUCUAAAGUGAAUUUCAAACUUAAGGCCAGAGUAGCAGAGCUGAAAGCAUAGAUGACUAAGAUAAUUUUUUCAGUUCGACUAUUUUGACCUUAAAUUUGAAAUUCACUUUCAAUUCACAUGCAGAGCAGUGUAACAAAUUACAUGACCCAAAAUUGUAGAUUAUGCUAGCUUCAGUGUACCUAUAAUCUUAAUUUUAUUAAUGACAGGAGGCGAGUAUUUGCUUAAGUCUCUCUUUACUAGAACUCCACAGCAGAAAACAACCAAUCAGAAAAAAGUUAGGUACUAUAAAACUCCCCUCCCCAUGCAUCAUUUCUUCUUUGAAGCUGUGACAAAACAGAACAAAAGCAGAAAACAUAAUGGGGAAGAAAUGAAGUCCUGGAUACAAUGAAGACAACAAUGUCCACCAUCCAAGAAGAACUGCCAGAUCAGAUAGUGUUGAUGGACUGUAAACUGAAACGAGAAUAAAACAGAAUCGAACAGGUUGAUUAUCCAAUGAAAUGUACUCUGAAUAAACAUGUAGGUACCCAAUGUAGCAACCAAAAUUACCCUAAUAUGUAGAUAUCCCAACCCUAUUUAUGAAAACAGACAAAAGAAACAGAGUUGCAUUCGUACCUGAUUAAUCCAAACUAUUAAAAUGAAACAAGGGAAGGAUAAGAACGUGUGGGAAAUACUCUCCUCCUGUCAUUAAUAAAAAUAAGAUUAUAGGUACACUAAAGCUAGCAUAAUCUACAAUUUUAUAACAUGACAGGAUGCUUCGUAUUUGCUGUUUUAAAGCUCAGUCAACAAAUCCAACGCUGUUUGUUUUGCUGGUACCUAUUCCGGGGGAUAUCGGAGCAAUCCUAAAUGGACUUACCAACUGCGAUAAAUGACAGUAGACCGAUCGAUGAAGAUGCCAGUUGACGAAGCAUCCCAAGUACGGAAAAAACACCAUCCACUGAUAAAUCCAUUGUACGUGGGGUUGCGACCUGUUUCCUAGCAGUCGGUCCCUGAGCUGCCAAGCUGACCUAUUAGCCAAUUUCCUGUAGUUGUAAGAUGUCAAAGGUCAUUUGCGGACUUAGGGCUGCGAGAAGAAACCCCCACCAUGUCUCAACCCUUGAUGUGUAAGGUGGCUCCUCCGAUCGUGCCAAGGUCAUCCGGCGACUUGGCCUUGCAGGUAGAUCUCCAAUCUCAAGGAAUGCGCCUAAGUCCACCACCAAUUCCGUAACAGAACCGAGUAGGAUCUUUCAUUUCCUCCUGGCCUACCCGGUGAGAUGUCUCAUCCGAGAAUAAAAUUAUGCAGGUAAGAGUGUGGUCAUACUAGACAUUUCCUAAGUGAUUCCAAUAUUCCAAAUGGACUGUGUAAUCCUCGGCUGCGGUAGAGAAAAGACUCCAAAAGGACGUUCAAUCAGGGUCCCCAACAGAACUCGGGUGGAACGGUGGUAGAUUAUUCGGGGAAUAGUGGAUCCCAGAAAUAUUCAAAGGGAUGGGAAACGUAAACCGGAGUUGAGAUCUCCAUCCAGAUAUGUCAUCGUCUAAGAGUGAUAAGAUGUACGGAUCCAAUGGUGAUUGGGACCUGUAUAACAACAAAGAGUCCUCACUUGCUAUAGCGAGAGUGAAAUAAUCAUUACCUGUAGUACGAUCCUGUUCCAUGCCUGACCUGUCAAAAUUUGUGUAAGGGUUCCUGGUCUACACACCACCUACAAGAUAGGGUAUAAUACAGUGAGACCCCCAGGUCCCUGUACCCCUGACUGUAUCUCCCCGAGUAGACCCAAGGUCAAGAGACCCAGGAAUGUGAGUUUGAUAACCGAAGUCAAGGUCUCCCUAUGGAGGGAAACCUCCCUUCUUAGCUUGGAGUCCCGAGAACACAUAUCAUUCUCCAAUACACAGCCAAGGCGUAAAUUCUCUUCGUUCACGACCGGUGACUCCAGCGAGCAGAUAUAUCAAAAAAAGGGGUCUAGCUACAACCAUCCGAAUCAUGUGUUGUCCCCUUUGAGAAUGUCGGUAGCCCUGUCUGAGUCUGCUACACAUCCUGAGCCGUACUCCAGUGGUAGGUUGCGACCCGACCUUGACCUCUGUGUAGGAGUCGGGACACACUGGGUUCCUCCAUAGAGUCUUGUAGGUCUUCUUGAUGGUAGUAGAAAAGGUGGGUUAGCGAGAACCCAACCCGAGACGGCUCCCGUGAAGGAUAUAGAGUAUAGACAGAGGGCCCUCCAUCUCCGAACCAUGUUCUCCCAUCUGCCCUCGGAGGAGUAGGGGCAGUCCUGUCAUCUUAUCCCAAGAUUGUAAUGACCAGAGAACUCAAGUCAACCGGGGUUUCCCAUCUUUCCAUGCAAUCCAUGCGUACGGUGUACCUGAUAACCGGGUAGUGGGCCUUUCCUAGUCUCCAUGAAGGUCUCAGUAACUCAUGCCAUCUUGAUAUGGGAAAAACUGUCUGCGCAGUUUGUUCGCAAUGGUCCGGAUAUCUAAAACAGAAUGCAAUUUUCUGUUUUAUAUAGCGCAGAAUAUACUAAAACCUGUACUCUUGUAAUACCUGAGGCUCAUCCGUUAGCCGUACCAUCUCCAGGAGUGUGUGUAAAUAAGUGGGAGUCUCCCCCGUUCUACACCUGUGAGAGUUUUUCUCGGGUGUGGUACAGUGGUCUGGAUCCAGUAGCUCCAUCAGAGGAGGUGAAAAAGAGGGAUACAGUCUAAAUAUGUACAUCAUGCAUGAUCAAUAACGAAAUUGGUUGUAGGGUCGUUAGGUCUAAUAGAAUGGAGGAGGGAGGCCCCUCUAUGCAGUCAUCGUUGUCCUAUACAGGUACAAGCCUGUGUGAUGAACAAAUGGACGGCACUGUAGUGUGUUGAGUGUAUGAGAGAGCCGUACCCUCUAAUAAUGUGACCAAACUCCGUGUCAGCGUCCAGCUGAUAGUCUGAGCGGGCCUCACCCGUUAAUAACCAAAUAGUAGAGUCUAUAUCCAUGAUCGGUUCCCUCUACGAGAAUGUGUCACUCAAAACAAGGGUUUCGCUCUCUGUUCGCGAAAAUAAAAUAUAAUUCUCAGAUCGAGGUGAUGGAGGGCCGCACCCUCUUGUAAUCCAAACUGUACUGUACAUCAUUUACUAAUAUCAGUAUUAGACUGAGAUCCCGAUGUGGGUCUCUCUCUGACCCCUAGACCUCUCACUGAAUCGUUCACCUGAGAGGGAAUCAACUGUUAAUAAACCAGACCAAUGGAAGAUGGAAUAGUAUACAACCUCGGGCAGUGUCCAUCCUUAAUAACAGAAAGGGAUAGUGAGAGCAUGCAACCUUCAGAAACAACGAUGGAAACUACCAACUGACCGCCCGGAUCCCGUGUGCGCGCGGGGUCCAGGAGGACCGUCGGUAGCCUGAGGGAAGCUGGAGACGUUCUCCGCAAACCACGAGAACCCGGGAAACAACAAGAAACAACAAAUAAUGUAGAUAACGGUAAAUACGUACCUCGGACAGGAGGUAAAUAGCAGAUCGGAACAGCAAGCCAAGUAAAUACAACUGAAAGGGUCAGGAGGUAAACCUGACAUAGGACUAACUACCAAUACCUAAGAUGGAUACCGGGAAGGCAGCUAAUGGUUAGUUGCUGAAGGCAAGGCAACCGUGCUCCCCUGUUGGGGUCUGAGCACUGGUCCCUGCUUGUGCGAAAUUCUCUUUGGAGAUGUGCCACCUCCGGGUUGGCGCGUCCGGGGAUCCUCAUAAGAAAACCUUGCCCUUCAGGGCAUGAGGUUUAGGGCCUUCACCCUUCCAAUCAUAUUGAGGUGCCCGUAUACUGGUGUCCUCUUGGAUAGUAAAGCAGCAGUGCUUGCCUGGGUACCCACCUAUGUCCAUUUCAAUAGUGGGUACUGGGCUCUCCUCAGUGAUAUCCUCCCAGGCCCACGGCCAAAAUGGGUUUCGGGCCCAUAUAGCUCAGACCGAACAAAGGGCACAGAUAGAGCAGGCCAGUCAGAAGGGCAUUGACAUAGCAGGUCAAUCAAAUGGACACAAACCUAGCAGGCCAAUCAAUGGGGCACAGACACAGCAGGCCAAUCAAUGGGGCACAGACAUAGCAGGCCAAUCAAAGGGGCACAGACAGAGUAGGCCAAUCCUGGGUAGCGUCUAAAUGAGUAAUAAGGGACCCCUUCAUUUGGCAGAGUCCCUUAAAUAUUUGUCAGUCUUUCAGGGUACCCUGGGACAUAGGAUCCCCCGGCGCCAACCCUAUUAGACAGUGUAAUACAGUGUUAAUAACAUAUAGCUGGGACUAGUAGUCCCUAAAUGCCCAGCAGGCAAAUAGUGGUAUUCCAGCUGUAAUGAAUAUAGGCUGAAAAUGUUCCAGUGAUAUAGUGUCCAUUAAAUAAUGAUAUACUGAGUAAUUUAUUUUAAUUGUGAACAGUUUAUGCACAUGAACAUGCAGAUCUGUUUGAGAUUUCUCCAUCAAAAUUAUGCAUCAUCAGCAUGCCACCUGAAGGUUAUUGUAGCCAUGGUAUAUUCAGGAGUAGGGCAAAACAAUUGCCAACUCAAUGCACCCUCUUAUUGAGCUUGGAAGGGACUACCUUCCAACUCUACUAGCCACAGAACCUGAUAGGAUUGAAUUAUUGUCAGCAUAGACUGGUCUCCCAUACCAGUUUGAGCCAGAGCCAGGUCUGUUUAGCUUUUAUAUUGCCAUGGACAGAGAAUAUCAUCCUAAAGUAGUCACAUCUCUGCCUCCAGAGAUGGGUCAGGAACAUAUAUAUUGAUGCACCGGGAUAUGCACCCAAGAUGCACCUGAUUAAUUGUGCAAUAUAAAGGUUAUCACAUACUUGGAUUUAUUACAAAUCCAAGUGACCUCUGAUCUCACUGUCAAACUGGUUCUGUAUGAGCCGUGUAACAGUCAAAACUGAAUAAUUAUACAGGGAAAGGAGAAGCAUAAAAUGUAUAUAGAAAAUGUACAUUAAACCCCCAGAAGCAGGAUACUAUUUUAUAUGUUAAGCCUGCAUAGCCAGAAAGAGAGCGUGGGAAGACAACUGCGGUCCGAUCACCAUAUCUGGAGGAGAGGCAGCGAGCAGGCUCACCCUCCUCUAGCCGAUCAGACGCAUGCGGCUCUCUGAAGAAGCCGGCCGCGACGAGGCGGCCACGUGGGUGAGCGGGAGAAAACCCAGGGCGCCAGCAGUCUCCCACUGGAGCUCGGGGAGUCCGAGGAUAACUAAAUAUAUUAAAUAAAAAUCCUAAAUAAGUCAUACUAAAUCCCAAAGCCACCCUAGAAGCAGGAGGCAGUGGUACUCUGACCUGUACUGAUGCGGAGCAGCAAAGAAAGAGGGAAUGAUGCAUGGGGAGGGGAGUUUUAUAGUACCUAACUUUUUUCUGAUUGGUUGUUUUUCUGUGCUGCUGUGGAGUUCUAGUAAAGAGAGACUUAAGCAAAUACGAAGCCUCCUGUCAUGUUAUAAAAUUGUCUCGAGUAAACAACAGAAACGCAAUUUAGGGUUAAAUUUUUCCCUCACUGUUGCAACACAAGGGAAAUUCAGGGUUUAGUAAAUAACUAUAAUUGAUGGGUUUUAGAUGUUGAAAAAGGGAUAGUGGAAUGAUAUCCCAGGAGAGGGUAAUCUAAGUUUUAAAUGUGCUUCCUUAUUGCUAUAUUAACAAAUGAUGUACAUUUAACUUGAAAUUUACUAAAAUUAGUUUAGUUUAGAGAUUUCGCAGUUUUUAUACACAGUUAUCUAAACCACUCCCUUCCAAUCUAUUGAUCAGAUAGGUCAUAUUUAAACAAAAUCUAUUAAUUCAGCUAUAGAAACAUAGAAUGUGACGGCAGAUAAGAACCAUUCGGCCCAUCUAGUCUGCCCAAUUUUCUAAAUACUUUCAUUAGUCCCUGGCCUUAUCUUAUAUUUAAUAUAUCCUUAUGCCUAUCCCACGCAUGCUUAAACUCCUUUACUGUGUUAACCUCUACCACUUCAGCUGGAAGGCUAUUCCAUGCAUCCACUACCCUCUCAGUAAAGUAAUACUUCCUGAUAUUAUUUUUAAUCCUUUGUCCCUCUAAUUUAAGACUAUGUCCUCUUGUUGUGGUAGUAUUUAGACGUACGGGGGAGCCCCAGGGCAAUUUUUGCACCAGGGACCCGUGGUUUCUAGUUAUGCCUCUGGAUCUGAUAGCAUAUUUGUUUUGGAGGAUUUUCACAAUUUGGCAAUUUUGUUAUAAAAUUAGAAAAAAUCCCUUCUAAUUUCACUUUGAAUUCCAGGCGGUUCUCACUUUAAUGAAUAACCUGUAAUGUUGUGUCUUUGGACAGAGUUGAACUUUUCAGAAUUGAGUGAAGCGUUCUCCGUAUAGGAACGUGAGGUUUUGUCAUACGACCUCGGUAUGGUUUAGCCUGGCAUUAGGAUGGCGGCCAAACGUACUCUUUCCUAAUCUACAGCAUGAGACCUGACAAAAAAAUCUCUGUUACCUUAGUUUCAGAGUUAAUUACGAAGGGCUGCGUGGCAUUAAGGUAAUCUGCCUGGAUACACGCGUGGCCGUUUACUAGGAUGAAGAAUUGUUCCCAAAGCCAGAGGUCAUGCAACAUGUUUCAAAUUUACCUCCAUUCAUCAAAUUCAAUUCUCUUUGAUAUAUCAUUCUUUGGCUCUGGAGAAUCACUUGGAUUUACACAGCCACAGACCAGCAGACGAAAUAAUCAGAAGCAGGGAUAAAAAUACCGUUGUAGUUAUAGUUGUGCUAUUUCUAGACCGUACAUGUUGGAUACACGUGGGUUGCAUCUUUUAGAUAACAAAGUUAAAGGGGACGUACGCCAGAAAUAAUUUGUUUGUUUGUGGCGAGAAUGGUUUAAUGUUUAGUGUUUAAGAUGUAUAGGGAAUAAUGCUUAGUGUAAGGGUUAAUGCUUUGUGCUGCUGUAGUGUUUUGCAGGAGUUAUUGCUUAGUGAUAGUGAAGAAGUUAAUGUCGUAGUUCUUUUUAGUGUAGUGUAGCGGUUAAUGCCUGAUGAUAGGGUAGUAGUUCUUUUAAGUUAUAGUGUAGUGUAGGAGUUCGCGUUUAGUCAUAGUGUUAUGUAGAUGUUUAUGUUUAGUGAUAGUGUAGUGCUUCAUGUUUAGUGCCGGUGUAGUGUAGGGUAUUAGUGUUGUGUAGGAGUUCAUGGUAGUGAUAGUGUAGUGUACGGUUUCAUAUUUCGUGAUAGUGUAGUGUAGGGGCUUAUGUAUAGUGAUAUUGUAGGGAUUUAUAUUUAGUGAUAGUGUAGUGGUUCCUGUUUAGUGACAGUGUAGUGUAGGGUUUUAAAUUUAGUGGUAGUGUAGUAUAGGGGUUUAUGUAUAGUGAUAUUGUAAGGAUUUAUAUUUAGUGAUAGUGUAGUGAUAGUGUAGUGGUUCCUGUUUAGUGACAAUGUAGUGUAGGGGUUCAUGCAUUGUGAUAGAUGUUUUUAUCUCCUUUUUAUCUCUGUAAAUUGAACUUUACCCCACACAGGAGGCUCUCACAAGGUCUAGCAAGAUAUUAACAGAGCAUGAGAUAAGAAAUUCUAAAUUAAACAAACUUUGCAAUGAAGGAAGUGUAAACAUUAGAUCUCACUUUACAGUGAGUGCUAAGGAAGGAGGUGCAUGUUACAUUCAGGGGAGGUCCGGCUAGUGCUGCAUAUAGAAAGUGAUUUAACUCUCAAAUGGCAGAGAAUUGAGCAGUGAGACUGCAGGGGCAUGUUCUAUACACCAAAACGACUUUAUUAAGCUAAAGUUAUUUUGGUGACUGUAGUGUCCCUUUAACCCCUUAAGGACACAUGACAUGUGUGACAUGUCAUGAUUCCCUUUUAUUCCACAAGCUUGGUCCUUAAGGGGUUAAAAUGGAUGAAUGGAAAGUAUGUGAUUUAAGGUCCCUGUCAAAAAAGGUUAAGGUAAAAUACUCUACUCAGUUCAAUUAUUUAUUUAUUAAUGGACUUGCAACGAUAACCUGUUAAUCUAAAAGGCCUUCCGUUCGGCUUGCCAGUAAAUGCUUCAGGUGGGUCUGAACUGAUAAAACCAAGUUAAACUGAGUGGAACUGAAUUUACAUAUGCACAUUUCCACCUAAUUCUACAAGAAAACCCUUGAAAUGAACACAACCAUAUAGUAUAAACAAGAAAUUCACUUACUUUUCUCUAAACACUUCCAAAGUAUCCUUUUCCCCAGAGAGAAACAUGUUAGUAAGUUUAUUGUCUUGAUAAGCAAUGAAAUGAAACUUGUCGUUUUGCCAACAUCUGGUUCUGUUUUGUUUUUAUAUGAGGAAUUUCCAAAAUAAUGCCAAUGGAGGCUUUUAUAGCACAGCCAUAACCAUACCUGUUUCAGCCAAGGUUAUUCCAUAACUUGAUUAAUCUUCUCUCUCCUUCAGGAUUAGGUGAUGCUUGGGGCCAUCCAUCUCGAAUUGGACCAUUGGAUAAUGUGGCCAAAGAACUAGGAUCUCAUCUAUUGCAGGUAAUGUCAAUAAGUAUCAUAAUCUGUAUUCUAACCUUACAAUAAGGUAUUUUAAAAGUAAAGCAAAAGAGUGUUUGUUUUGGCGUGGUCAAGACACAGUUGGCCAAAGAUCAUGCAUGAACAGUGUUUUACUUUCUGACGAUUGAUAAAUCUCUUAAAGUUUAAAGUUGGAGAUUUAGUGUUGAGCAUCUGAAAUGAGCCCAUGAGCCCUGUUUGAAAAGUUAAUGGCAGCCCUGCUGGGUUCAGAUUCCUUUGACUCAGUUGAUGGUGUUAGUUUGGUGGAUUUUGUAAUGAAAAUAGAUGGAUUCCAAAAAUAGAUAGAUACAUGGUAGAACUUGAUGGACUUUCGUCCUUUCUAAACCUAGGCAACUAUGUAACUACGGUGUAACAUGGCACAGACAUGGGGAAAACCUGGCAAGAACAUGGAUGUUGGCAUCAAGACACAGAGUGGCUGCCAUUAAAUGCAGUUCACAUUGUUAACACCACAAAUUCAAUCAAUUAGGAACAUUACUGUUCAAUCAAACAUACUAGAACUUAGAUCAUUAAACAUCAGUGCCUGUUGAGGGAUUUGUCAUGCAUUAAACUCAAAUAUCCAAAAUCAUUUUGAAAUGAGGUGUCAAUAACCCAGACCUGGUGAAUGAGUUGAACUAUGUAGCAAUUAGCAUUACCGGUCCUUAGAAUGGCCGCACUUAACAAGAAAUCCUUGGAAAGGUGAAAUGUCAGUAGAAUGGUAACAGGAGAAAAUAAGGUCAAUGAAUGAAGUAAUCAGGACAACGAGAGAAAAGUCAAGGUCAAGAAGUGGAGAAAUUAGAAUAAACGAGAAAACAAGCCAAGAACAGGACCAGAGAAGAGUAAUAAUAUAACUCACUAUUGGGCCUAUAUGAAAAUACAACAGGGCUCCUAGCAGUGUACAAGGGGGGUUAAAUAGCACAAAGUGAAUCAUUACCGGCUCACAUUAUUCCUGUGUGCCCAAAAGAUCCCAGAGAACUAACGCAUGCCUACAUGGUAGCCCCCUCACUAUUAUUAGGGUGAGGGGGUAGGUAGGGUAUUUUUAUUGGGCAGGGCGCUACUAGAGGCUUUAUUAUUUGUGGUCCCCACCUGCUGGUCAUGGGUGGAGACCUGGGGUGGAUAUAAGGUCCCCCUCGUUAUUUAUUUAAUUAAGGUCCCCACCCACUGCUCAUGGGUGGGAGAUUGGAGGGACAUUAGGUCCCCCCCAUUAUUUAUUUAUUUAGGGUCCCCACCUGUCGCUCAUGGGUGGGGACCAGGGGGGACAUUAGGUCCCCCCUUUAAUUAAUUAGGUUUCCCACUCGCUGCUCAUGGGUGGGGACCUAGGGGGGACAUUAGGAUUUAUCCCCCGAAUAGCUGCCCAGUCACUAGUAGUUUUAAAUUUGCUGUGAGUAGCUGCAUGUGGGAGGAUUUAACCUCCCUUUUAUUAAUAUGGGGGUCAGAGUGAUCCCCAUAGGUUUUAAUGCGGGGGGUAGGGAUGGCUUAUUAUUACAAGGAGGGAGCUGGUAGCGCUGCCAGCUCCCUCCUUUUUAUUUUUAUUUUUUUAUUUUUUUUAAUAUUCUUUAUUUUUAUAGUGCAAAAGGGUUUACAAACAGGCCUGCAGUAACAGGCAAAUCAAGGCAUUCUGUAUAAUGACAUAGGAUUGAACUGCACAAUUUUUAAUUAAGUAAACAGGGUAAUUUUGGCAUUUAAAUUAGGAUAAUAAGAUAAUACUAGUAUGUUUCACAGGUAUAACCAGCUUCUGAUUUACUUAUAUAUUAGCAAGGGAUUGUAGAUAAACCGUGAAAUGUUCCGGCAAUUUGCACAUUUAUCGCUUUUCAAGUGGGAAACAUGUUAGGUAAGUAUGAUUAUUAAUAUUAGGCCACAACAUGAGUAGCUGCUGGUCAUGGUUACCCCUUGUAUAGGUAAAAAGGGCAAAAAACAAAAAUAACAUGCUAUUAUGCCACGGAGUAGGAGCUAAAAUACACAAAAGAUAGGAGACAAAUACCACUGGGUAAGACAAUGUGCGAGAAAGUAGGGACAGCCUGUGUCACCGCAACUGCCAAAUUGCGGUACUCAACCCCGUAAGGACACAUGACAUGUGUGGCAUGUCAUGAUUUCCUUUUUUAAAAAUUCUCAAUUUUUUUUACGUGCAAAACUUACAGGCUAGUCUUGCUGCAGCAACAGCAUUAUUAGUCGGCUCAUUUUUAUAUAGGUUGAGACAGCAACACGGCACCUGCAGACACUGCACAUUUUUAAGAUUAUAACAUGAGAUAACUAACAAUUAAACAGGUGAUUGGUGAAACAUUCAAAUCAUACAGCAGUUCCAGUAUCCAAAGACAAGUUACCUGCACAAUAUUUAUAUUAAUGGCAAGCUCAAGCUGGGUAAGUGACCGGGUGCCAAGACCUAGUGUAGGCAUUGCAGAAGAUGUGGAUACACAAUGAUGCUGUGCAAUUUGUGGAGGUUAGUAGAACAUGCUCUUAUUGAGCGUGUCCAUAAGCGAGUCGGUCGGUCCAGAGUCAAUACUGGACUUGUAAUCCGACUUUUUGUGUUCAAGGUACUCCGAUUCACCCCCUCAGACCAUGUGUAUGGGUAUUCAAUAAGCUAGUCCGGGCUGAAUCUGUGAGAUUUAAUGAUUUUGGCAGAUUGUAGUCUGCCCUAAAUCGCUGUGUAUUAGCAUGCUGGUGUUUUAGAGGUCUGAUUAGUGCUAGAUAGGUACACCAACCGAGCUGUACACGUAGCUCGGAAAAGCUUGACGCAUGGGUACUAUAUCAGAAUUUCUGGACUGGGAUCAUGUUGGAAAGUUGGGAAUAUAUAGUCAGUUUUCGCACUAGUGAUAAGUAGUCUGCGGCAUUUGUAUAUUCAUGGCCUACCUAUAUUGUGUUAGUGAUAGGGUACUAAGAUCGAGUGUAGGUAAAACCCCAGUCAUGGGCGCAAAACAACCACGUACAAGUUGUCAAGGUAAUAUGGCAUGCUCUCACCAAGUGUAUCCAUGAAUGAGUGGGUAGGUCUAGCAUUAAUAUUGGACUUGUGAACUGGCAAUUUCUUGGUAACUACUCGCUAAAAUAGGCCCUCAGGCUGUGUGUCUGAGUAGUCAAUGAAUACUGAAACCUAUCUAGGCUGGGUGUGUGGGGUUUGCAACCUUCUGCAGAUUUUAACCCGUGUUGGGCUGUGGCUUGGUACUAGUAUUAUGUUGCUUCUGUGAUCUGGUUAGAACUAUAUUUGUAGCAAACACAGAACAAAACAGGUAGUCCAAACAAGCUUAAAGACAUGGGUUGUGGAGCAGAAGUUCUACGUAUUUGUCAGUUUAACCAUAAUAACAUGUGCAUUGUGGACGGUUUGAGAAUAGCUACCAGCUUCAGCCAUCCCAUGCCGUUAUUGGGCCAUAAAGGAAAAGUCCAGCGGCAAGGCAGGUAUGUUGUCCCCUUCUGUGGCUUGAGAACAGAACUGGUGUUCAUGAGGUGGCUGCUUUAGAACCUGUCCAGGGAUCAAAAUAACUGGGAGUGGGGAGUAAAUCCCCGGUGGUGCAGCUUAGCUGUAAUCCUGCCUGAGGAUCUUUGCAGUUCGGGCACCUGUGGUGUUCAAGUGUCUGUUAGGUGUCGGUUUGCCCGUUGUGCUUUGAAGGGAGUAGAGGUCGGGGCGCUAGGGCUUGCUGGCUGGAAUGGUCUGACGUUUGCCAUGUCCUAGGUCCUUGAGCUGGAGGGCCUUGUUCCUGUUGUGGUGGCAGGCCCAGUGCUGCUAGCACCGUAUCUAUUUCCGAAGGGCAGGUUACUCGGGUUGUUGCUCCAAUGUGCAUGAUGACUAAGCUUCUGGGGAAUGCCCAGUGGUAUGGGAUUGAGCUUUGGCGGAGUGUGGUGGUCAGGGGUCUGAGGAGGCCUCUCCAUGUCAGCGUGGGCCUGGACAGAUCUUGGAAGAAUGACAGGGUAGCUGUCUCAAAAAGGUGGGUGGCCUUUCCUCGAACCGCAGCCAUGAGGGUCAAUUGGGCUGACCUUGUCUGGAGUUGGAGGAUGACGUCUCUUGGGGUGUCCGCUGGGGCUCUGGUGGCUCUCGGGACGCGGUAGGCUCCAUCUGUUAAGACUGCCUUCGCCUGCUGUGGUGUGAGUAAGGAGGCGAGGAGUCUACUGAGGUAGCUUGGCAAGUCUUCUUGAGAAACGGUCUCAGGGACACCUCUUAUCUUUAUGUUCCGGCUCCUAUGCCGAUAGUCCAUCGCGUCCAUGCAGUUAGCGAGCAGGGUCUGGUUGCGUUGCAGCUCUGCGUUUUGGGCCUCAAGUUGUAUACAGCGUGUGGUGAGGCCUUGUGAGUCUGCUUCUGUUUUUUUGACGCGACCUUCCACUGUGUGGAUCUCCUCCCACAGUACCGCUAUGUCUGCCACGAGCAGGGUGCGGAUGUUGCACAAAAGGGCUUUGAUGUCACCCUUUGUGGAGGGUAGUUUGUUGUCCUCGUCUGAGGAGAUGCUAUGUAGUCCCCCUGUGCCGGGGAAGUCGUCUAGUUCAUCCAGUACCUGUUCCCCAGAGGAGGCCGAGGUUGCGUCGCCAUUGUAAUUUGGCGUGGAAACUUCUGCGGCAUUUGCGGGGCGAAGGAGAAGGUCUCCAAUAUCGCGGACCCCUGCUGCUUUUACGGCCCCCUGGUGCCUGGACUUCUUUCCCAUCUCUUGGUAGUGUGUUGUGGGCUAAGAUUGUUAGAUUUUGGGUAGAUAAUUAGCGGGUUUCAAGCUUUUAGAUACGGAGCUCUGUUGAUGCACGCCUGCUUCAGUUGGCUGCUAGCUCCGCCCCCCCUUUUUAUUUUUUUUAUAGUGUCUGCGCAUUGCUAUUUUUGUCCUAAUAGACGAAAACAAAUUAUUUUUUAACGAAUUUCUUUCGAUAUCGAAUGGUUUACGGACGAAAUUCGGGAUUGACAAAUGAAAUUUUUAUUUAGCACAAAAUCAUUCGAACGAAAAGAACAUUUCACUGGUGCACAUGUCUACUGCCUAACAUUACUGAUUUUUAACAGAUAGGGAACUACAGAAGUAAAAUUUGUAAUACCAAUACCAAAGAUAUGGAUAUGUGAUUUAAUUUAGCAUUCAGUGCACUUUAAUACGAUUUGGAAGAAAUAAUGUAUGUAAGAACAAAAGGUAGAACAUUGAAAAGGAGAAAGAAUUGAAGAAUAUCUAUGGGACAUGUAGAUGGAAAAUGGAGAAAUAUAGUCUAGUUGUGUAGAAACAUAGAAACAUAUAAUGUGACAGUAGAUAAGAACCAUUUAGUCUGCACAAUUUUCAAAAUACUUUUAAUUAGGCCCUGGCCUUAUCUUAUAGCUAGGAUAGUGUUAUGCCUAUCCCACGAAUGCUUAAACUCCUUCACUGUGUUAACCUCUACUACUUCAGCAGGAAAGCUAUUCCAUACGUCCACUACCCUCUCAGUAAAGUAAUACUUCCUGAUAUUAUUGUUAAACCUUUGCCCCUCUAUUUUAAGACUAUGUCCUCUUGUUGUGGUAGUUUUUCUUCUUUUAAAUAUAAUCUCCUCCUUUACUGUGUUGACUCCCUUUAUGUAUUUAAAUGUUUCUAUCAUAUCCCCCCUGUCUCGUCUUUCCUCCAAGCUAUACAUGUUGAGAUCCUUUAACCUUUCCUGGUAAGUUUUAUCCCGCAAUCCAUGAACCAGUUUAAACCAAAGAAAAAAAGUUACCUGCGCUCUCUCCUUAAUCCCUAUGUAUAUUUAAACAAAUGGAGGUAAUUUAGUUACUCCAAUGGCCACUGGAGGGAUGCCCGCCUGCCAACGUCAAGGCAGACCUCCCUAGACAGGUCCUACUCUGACCCUUCACCUUCCUUCCUUCCUUCCAGAGUAGGACCUGUCUAGGGGGGUCUGCCUUGACGUUGGCAGUUGGGCAUUCCCUCCAGUUUUCUUUGGUGUUUACUAUAUGUAUUGCGGCUGAUGUGUACUGUGGUCGUUGCUGCCGCCCAGGAGGGAUGGGAGUGAGUGCAGGAUUUGUUCUGUACAAUGAUCACUUUCCUCUUUCUACUGCUAAUACCUCUCCCUAUACAACCAAGCAUUCUGCUAGCAUUUCCUGCUGCUCUCUUACAUUGUCUGCCUACCUUUAAUUUGUCUGAAAUAAUCACCCCUAAAUCCCUUUCUUCAGAUGUUGAGGUUAGGACUCCAUCACAUAUUCUGUACUCUGCCCUUGGGUUUUUACAUCCAAGAUGCAUAAUCUUGGACUUAUCCACAUUAAAUUAUCUAAAAUUAGAAAAAUGAUCAGAGCUGCGGCAACUGACAUUUAAUGUGGAUAAGUGCAAGAUUAUGCAUCUUGGGUGUAAAAACCCAAGGGCUCUUAAAAUUGUUUUGAGCAAAAUGUUCAUUUACAAGCAAUGAGAAAAUCAAAGUGAUUUAAAGCAACGCUUUUGUGUUAGUAAUACAAAGAUGUGUUCCAAACAGUAACUUGUUCUUCUGCUCCCUCCCCCUCCCUCUCUAACCCACAGCAAUGUAAAGGGAAAAUUAAACCUUUUUUCACUUACCUGAUCCCAGCGCUGAUGUCCCAUUGCCUCAAUGCUUAUCCAUGGGGUUUUCUUUGACGUUGGAUGGCCUCAUGCAGAGUGUGAGGACAUACAGUGUUGUUUCUCAGAGUCAAACUCCAGGAAGCACCUCUAAUGGCUGUCUGGUAGACCGCCACUAGAGCCAAUCUUAAUACUGUAAUGUAAGCUUUUUAGUUUAGUUCACAUUUUAGAGAAACUGCAGUGUUUAACAUAGCAGAACUAAUGGGAGGUACAGUGUACCCAGAACACUUCAAUGAGAUGAAGUGGUCUGCGUGCCUAUAGUAUCCCUUUAAAAACCAUAGUGCCAAUAGUACCAUAGUACCAUAGUGCCAAUUAACAGGGAUGGUUGUUAGCUGAAGGGCACUGGGAAGAGUGAGGAGAACAAAAAUAGUGUGAUUUGUGUAGGCAGUAAAGAAUAGGAGAUUGUUUAGAUAUAUUCUUUAAACAUAAAUGUUUUGACAUAUUCAGUGUCUGUUACAGAUUGGAAUGUGAUGGCUGCAUAAUUUAAGAAGCAUCACAGAAAAUACUGCGGUUGUGAACAAUUAAGGAUUUAGUGAGAUGAUUGGAAGUUAAUUGGAGAUUAUUUAAAACAGAUGAUGUUUUAUGAUCUACAAAAUAAAACGAGAGAAGGAUGAAUUGGUUUGUAUUGCUGGGGAGAUAAUUGAAUGGGAAAUGAUGCCAUGUAUGAGAAAAGAUUCCAAAAGUUAUAGUAAAACCGUUUUUUUUAUUUUUUAUAAACUGUAAACUGAGGAGAAAAAAAAUGUGACUUUAUUGAUGAAUUGAAUAUGGUAAGCUAAAAUAGCAGAAAUGAAAUGACAAGUAUGCUAUUUGUACUCUGCUACUUUGAUCUGUAUUACAUACUAUUUCUAGAGGGGAAACUCUCCGAAAUGGGCUUUAUUAUUAGGGCAAUUGUUUAGUUACCAUGGAAGGUUUGCCUUUUGUUUAAAGCAUUUUUUUGCUUCCUUUUACAUUUAGCCCUCUUUUGCAUAAUUCUUUCAGACAGCGACCUUGAAGUCGACUAAACAUUUAGCAAGUUUAAAGGACCAUUCUAGGCACCCAGACCACUUCAGCUUAAUUAAGUGGUCUGGGUGCCAGGUCCAAAUUAGGGUAAACCCAAUUUGUUAUAAACAUAGCAGUUUCAGAGAAACUGCUAUGUUUAUAAAUGGGUUAAUCCAGCCCUCAAAUCCUCUAGUGGCUGUCUCAUUGACAGCCGCUAGAGGCGCUUGCGUGAUUCUUACUGUGAAAAUCACAGUGAGAAGAUGCCAGCGUCCAUAGGAAAGCAUUGUAAAUGCUUUCCUAUGAGACUGGCUGAAUGCACGCGCAGCUCUUGCCGCGCGUGCGCAUUCAGCCGAAAGGGAGGAGAGGAGGAGGAUCGGAGGCGGAGAGCUCCCCGCCCAGCGCUGGAAAAAAGGUAAGUUUUAACCCCUUUCCUCUCCCCAGAGCCCGGCGGGAUGGGGACCCUGAGGGUAGGGGCACCCUCAGGGCACUAUAGUGCCAGGAAAACGAGUAUGUUUUCCUGGCACUAUAGUGGUCCUUUAAUGAAGGCUCAACUACAAACUCUCUUUAGAGACCGUAUCCUUUAGCAAUUUUUUGGUUAUAGAAUUUUUUGCCACAUUGUAUAUAUUCCCUCGAGGCAUCAUUUCAUAGGUCUUAUACUACUUAACAACUAAGCUAUUGGAUUCAACCUCUCUGUGAGUAUUUUUUUUCUACUCACCACAACUACCAGGUAACAAACAGACGGAUUUACUUUAAUACUGGUUUCUGUUUUACAACCAACCUGCCUUCAUUACAAUAUUAUUUUUUCAGAUAGCGACCUUGAAGUCGAUUCACUGUUUAGCAAGUUCAAUGAAGGCUUAGCUAUAUAAUGUUUUUCAGAGACAUUAUCCCUCUGCUAUCCUUAGGUUAUAGGAUUUAAUUGCUAAAUGCAUAUAUUUCCUUGCUGUACUAUCCUAUCGGUAUUAUAUUGUUCAAACUCUCUGAGUAUAUUUUUACGAUUAGGAUUCAUAAUUGUCUCUAUCUUAUCAUUCCAUUAGCAAGAUGCCAUUUCUUACUUAGAAUUUAUAAGCUCCCAUUUUUUUUUUGUGUUUAUAAGUUUCCUUUUGUGUGUGUGUGUGUUUUUUUGUCUUUUUGGUUCAAUUACUGUUCCUUUUUAAACAUAUAUAAAUAAAUUUAGUUUUAAUUACAUUAUUUUCAUAUAGGGACUUUACUUUGUCCUCUGGAUUUUAUGUCCAUUGGUGAUUUAUUUGUGUUUUAUGUAUUCUAUUUCUAGGGUUACCUCCUAUUAAGUUCCCUUUACACACUCUAGACCCCUUAGGGGGUGGCCCCCCUUUUUAUUUAUAUUAUGUACUAGGAAAAAUGGUUAUCUAGUCACAGAAAUUCACUUGCACAGUACGGUGAGAAUGCAAAGUGAAUUUCAAAUUUAAGGACAAAAUAGCUAAGAUGAAAAAUUCUUUAACCCCUUAAGGACCAAACUUCUGGAAUAAAAGGGAAUCAUGUCAUGUCACACAUGUCAUGUGUCCUUAAGGGGUUAAGUCAGUUGUGCUAUUAGGUAAGAAGACUAUUUUGUCCUUAAAUAUGGAAUUCACUUUGAGUUCACUUUAAAUUCUCAGGGGAACCUGCGUGGCCGUUACAAUCCUUAGAAAGACAUCACCUAAUAUGACAUACCUGCACCCAUGGUGCUACCCUGGGAAAGAGGGAGAAAGGAGCUGUAUUAUUUGAGUCUCUGUCUGUUCAGUGCUUCAGGUUCCACUUCUAUGGAAGAACCUGUGAGAUCACAGGAUCCUUCAUUGACGAUCUUCUGCCUAAUUAGGUACCAUGUACAUCUCUUGGACCUCACAUGAGCACAUGUUCCUCCUAUUAGCCAAAGAAAAAAUAUCCUUCGCAGUCAGCACAUACUUGAGACAAAGUAUUAUUACUGUGUCUCAUAUAUAUCUUCGAUCAUGUAGGAAUUUUGGAUCAUGUUUGAAUCUAUCCAAAGUUAUCAGAGUGAGUGUCAACUAACUAACUAACUGACAUGCAAUUAUCUUACAACACAUGGAUGUCUUACGAGAGCAUAAUUACCAGUGAAAGACUGACAUUAAAGAGUAAAUUGUUGUGAAUUCAAAGUAAAUUCCACAUUUUCACCUGUAUUAGCGGAACUAGAAAAAGUAUUUAAGCCAAUGGUUUCAGUACAGAUACAUUGUCGUAAAAUGUGAUAUUCACUUUGCAUUCAUUUUGAAUACCUGACAAUUCUCACUAUAGUGAAAACCAUGAUAGUUCAUUUUAAAGUUUAGUUCAAAAUAAUUGAGUGAAGGUAAAUUAGCGAAGUUUAAUGACUUUUCCAAUUCAUCUAUUUUGGCCUUAAAAUGUAAACCACUCCCUUAUUAGUUUCUGAAAAUAACUGUGACAUAUUUUUUUCCAAUUAUGUGAGUGAAUGUCUACUUUAAUUUGUGAGAUGCAGAUUAUUUGUCUAAAAGAUAUGUCCAUAUUAGUGGCGCUAGAAAAGUACAUACGUGUACAGUGAAACAAUAUGUGUGGAUUAUAUGCCCGUCUUUAAAUAAAAAUACUCAGAUAAUUCUGAAAUACAUCAAAUUAUUAUUUUUUUUAAAUUCUUUAUUUUUGCACACGAUAGGCAAUGCAAAAAUAAUACAACUUGGAGGCUUGCACAGAAGCCAAAAUAUAAAAGAGCAUAAAAUAUAAACAUAAAAAUUAACAUCGGCCCCUAUGACAAGCCACUUUAUAGAUUCCAUACAAUUUGCCCCCCAUUGAGGAUUUUAUGUUUUUAUAUGGUUACAUCACUUAAAUUCCCAAUUUUACGUACGAUAGGGAAAUACAUCAAAUUAUGAAUCAUUUUUGGAAUAUUUAAAUAUAUUCAAAGUAGAUGAAUGCUUGCAUUGUAGAUAUAUUGUAUGCUUUUGAUAUGGAGCCACCAAAAAGUAUCCAAAUACCCGUCGAAAAAAAAUAAAUAUUUUUAAGCUUUAUUGGUGAGUGCAGCGAGAUGAUUUAAUAUUUCGACAAACACGGGUAGGCAAAAAAAAAAUUGAAAGGCAGAAUAGGAAUUGAAAAGAUUGAUAUAUAUUCUGCUGCAUGGUUUUCAAAAUAAAAAAAAAUAAAAAAUAAAAAAAAUAUAUGCAUUGGCACAAUCUAUUAGGAUAACAUUUACUGAAUUUUAAGCUAGAUUUAUUUUCUAUUUUCUUUUUUUUUUUUUUUAAACUCCCUUCUUUUGGAAAAUGCUAUUCAUAACGAGCAACUCUCAGUGGUAUGGCAACAUUUAUUUCAAGGCUUGUCUAAAUAUUUAUGGGCGUUUUUUUUAAUAUAAAUAAAUGUUCAGAGUAGCGGUUUGUUUGCUUGUAGAUGACUUUAAUCCACUCCAAUUAUUCAUUUGUGGCCGAAACCCUUGACGUUUGCGUUGAAUGUUGCUAUUAUUUAAUAAAAUGCAUAACAGAUUUCAAAUAAUCUUUCCCAAACCUAACGCAAUCUCACUCUGCACAAUAUGUUUUUCAUAAAGAUGCAGGAUAUACCGUGUUCCUUCUGGAUGACCAGAAUAUAUAUAUUUUUUUUAAUUUGCUACAGUAGUUGAAUUUAUUUUGCAGCUUCAUGAAUUCUGUGUAGUUUUUACGUUUCUCUAAAGAAAUAUGUUAAAUAGACUAAAAUUUAGUGCAAUUAAAUAUUUUGGCUGUGGACAGAACGGUCAAUUACUGCAGGAAUAUUAUUUAGUAACAGUUUGAAUGAUAGGUUCCACACAUUUGUAAAAUAACCAAUUUCAAAUAAAAAAAUAAAUAUAUUUCUUGACUGUCAUUAUAGAUAAAUUAGCUUUUAAUACUGUCUUAAAAAGUAAGGUUAUCCUUACAUUAAAUCAAAACACUCAAAUACUGUAUUUACAUGAAAGCGAUAUGAGCGCCUAAAUUGGGAAAUGAGAGAUGAAUAAAUCGGUAGAAAUUAUGCCUAACAAAUAUAUAUGUUCUAUUUAAAGGAAAAUGAAAAGUACCAUAACCACUACAUUCUGCUGUAGUGGUUAUGGUGCCAGGACUACAAUAGCAUCAUCCCAGUGCCUUCCCCUUUUUUUUGAUUCUUUAUUUAUUAGACAGAGCUCAGAUAUAUUACACAAUAAAAACAACAGUCCAUUGUAGUGGUUAGAGUGGUUAAGGUGCCAGGAGUACUUGAGCGCCGUCCCUUUUUAAAAAUUCCUUAUUUAUUAGACAGAGAAGAGAUAUGUUGCACACAGUAAAAACAGGUAGGUAUGCAACAUAAUAACCCAUAAUUACCCGAUUAAGUCAGGCUCCUUUGGUCCCUAAAGACCAAGCGAUUUCACAAAAUCAGGCAUCUCUUGGUUCUACUACCACUAGUCAGAAAAGAAUAUUGGAUCUGUCCACGGUGCAAAUGGACAAAUUCAUGGAAAAGUGUACAAGUUGUGGUUUCCCUAAACCCCCAGCUCACAUAUUGGCCCUUUUACAGAAAUCAGAACCUCUCUUUCCAGUAAUAUUACGCAGUGGAACUUCAUAUGGUUCCCCAGCCAUUACAGUAAGACCUAUGGGUUCAUUAGAGGAAGAGGGUGGCUAUGGGAGUGGAAGCCAAUCUAAAUACUAGAAAGAGGAGCACACCUCUACUGGCACUAUCUGUCCCUAGAGCUGGUGGAGACAGAAGGCAGGUAGACUGCUGGAAUUGUGGCAUGAAAGGACACAUUAAACAAAACUGCAGGUGCCCUCCUAAAAAUAGAAACCCCCAGGCUUCAAAUUAUAACUCCCAUGACAACCAACCACCUCCACCACCUCCCCCUCCCCAAUAGGAAAUUGGCAACCCAGUGUCCCUACAUGCUUUAAAUAUCCCUGACACAGCUGGACCCUCACCCAUUAUCAAUGUUACACUGAAUAGUCCCUUUUCUGCUGGACACUGGGGCAGUCAGAUCUAUGUUGCACGAAAAAUAUGUGUUCCCGGAUGAGAAGUCUGAAGAUGUAUUAUCAUGUGUAGGGGUGGAUGGGAUCCCAAGUGACAUUCCCCUUAUCCACAAAUUGAGAUUGCAGCUACACGACUCUACUGCCCUCAUAACAAGACUACCUGUCAGCCCCUAUAUCCUGUAUAGCCCCACUGGAAAAGUAACAUUGACUGUGCCUUUAGAGGACAAACAACUGAUAUCCCUCUCAAAUCUUAAGUAGUAAUUUUAGAACAAAGAAAAGAUGAUCCAGUAUUCUUCUUUUUGAAUGGUUGGAAGGUUCUCUGCAGCCCAAGCAUGGCCUUUGUAGGACUGCGCUCAUGGACUGUGAGAGCUCAGCCGAUUAUAUCAACCAAUGAGUGCAUCCCAGCAGGGCUCUGCCUAGCUCAGUAUUCUGCAAGUUGAGUCUGGAGCUGCAGAUACCUAGUUGGAUCCAGGCUAGCUGUCAAUCUGCUCUAAAACAUUUUGACAAAUUAAAUUUAAACUAGUAUGGUACCACAUCACGCCUGAGUCAGAGGAGAUAUUUAUCUUAUUAAGACUUAAUGUAAUAGACACUGCCUAUGCAUUUGUUUUUAUGAUUUAAACAGUACAAAUUUUAUUGAGAUUAUGUCGUUAGCCAUGAAGCAUUUUACCACCGCAGAUCUCUGCUGCGCAUUUUGUGAAAAAUGGCGCAAGAGUUCUAAAGUCACCUCCCUGCUGGAUUAGUCAGUAACACCGAGUUGCGUGUCUCUGUAAGCAGUUUUUAACAUGUGUUUCCAUUAACAUCUGAUGUGACAUUGUUUUUUUUUCGUUUUUUUUUCUAAUAGACUCUCGAUGGAUUUGUUUUCGUAGUUGCGUCUGACGGAAAAAUAAUGUACAUUUCAGAGACGGCGUCCGUUCAUCUAGGUCUCUCGCAGGUAAGAUCACGCAGGUUCUUGUAAUAAGGCCGCUUUGUUUCUUCAGCAGACUUAACUUGGAGAUAAAAUGCUAAGGAUGGCCGUCCAAAUCUUUUUCUCACGGGCCGUUUACCAGGCAGCCUUUUAGGAACAUAUGAACAGUAUUUCUGAAUUGAUAGUAAAGUGAACUAGUGGUUACUUAAAGUUAUUUCCUUAGAGCGGCACACCCGACAAGUGACUGGAGUAACCCUGCUUUUUCCGUGUAAUGAUAAUUCCAAAGUGAAUCCAUCAUCCAAAAAAGAACAAAUGGGUUCUACACAAUAUGCUAGCUAGAAUAGUCCACUGCUAAAUUAAUAGAUUGAAAGAUACACUAACCGCUAGCCUGCUGUUGUGCCCCUUUAGAUGGAUCCUUAAAGGAGGACCCUCCACUAUGCAUAGGAGGAUUAUAACCCCAUAGGGACGCAGGCAAUGUAAACCCCACUUUAAUUGUUAUGUAGGAGUGGUGCAUAUUUAUGGUCCUGGGAUCCCUAUCUACCCUGGGCCCUUUGUGGCUGUCUAAGGUGCCUUAUGGUUAAUCUUGCUCUGACUAUGAGCAGUGCUGUCUUCCACAAUAUCUAGUACAGGGGUGGGUAAUUUUUUAGUAGUACUGUGCCAAAACAAGCUUUAGAAAUCCCUUGGCGUGCUGACCCCGUUUUUUAAAUUGAGGUGUGUAUGUAACCGUAUUCUGCUUGUGUUAUUUGUGAGUGCUGCAGUUGCUUUGUAGCAUUGUAUUUAUGUGUAUGUGGGCUGUUAUAGUGCACAUUAUACGUUCAUGAAUAGUUUGUGGUAUUGUCUGUGAUACCUAUAAAUGUGGGCUGUGCAGGGACUGCUUGUGGACUUGUGUGUGUGGAUGAUAUAUCACAUAGUGUGUUUGGUGUGUGUAUGUGUGGGGCUGCUUGUGGUAUUGCAUGUGAGAUGGUGCUUGUGGGGUUGUGUGCCUGUAUGUGGAUUGUCAGGGGUGUUUGUUGGGACUGUGUGUGUGUUGGUGUGUUGGCUGUUUGUAUUAUUUGUAUGAUGGGAGGCUGCUUCUGCAGCUCUGUGUAUAUCUUACAGUGUGCUUGGCUUCCCUGGGGUCCAGUGGGGACCGGGCUGGCCAGGAGCUGCUGAGGACUACUCUACUCCAGAGAGGAAUCCCGUUCACGAGAGAGGGGAUGAUGUGUUCUGAGAUCACUUUCUCUAAGUGUUGCAAUGUGUUAAUUGAGGAUUGUACCUCACCUGUUUGGUUCUGGCAGCCUUGAGUGCCAUAGGUUGCUGACCCCUGUACUAGAAUGUUGUUGCUUUUCAUGCUUACCCUUUAAGUAUGUCCCUAUCAUAGUGAGUUAUGUUAAUGCAGCAGAUUAGCUCAUCUCGGAAAGUAUUAGGGACCUGAAUGUAUUCACUAAACUGCAAAUUGUAAUAAAUUGAAAACCGAGGGGGCGGAGCUUGAAGCUUGAACUGAGCAGAUGCUAUACUCAUGAGCUCCGGAGAUAGGGACACAAAAACUCAACAAAAAAAGCGAUUUAUCCAACAGAACUGAAAAAACGCUACUCGCUGUUUUCUUCCUGAGGGCACAGGCAAUCGGCACAUCCCUUUCAUAUAUCUCCCGACUGGCAAAAAAAAAUGCCGAUGAUCAGGGGCCUACACAACCGUUCAGCCUUCUAAAGCCUACACGCUUGACUGGGCCACAGCCCGGGACUGGAUGAGCUGACCCCAGAGACCUGACGAGUACUCACCACACAGCACAGCCACGAUGGGCCAGCGAUCCCAAACGGGCACAGGCACGCCCAGAACCGGAGGCAAGCACCAUGCAACCGGCCUCUCCAGCGGGGUCAGACACAGAAUCUGCAACACCCAGGGCAUGCACGGGGACACCCCCAGAAGGGGACAAGCAGAACCUCGCCACGAAGGAAUAUAUCCGCAACAUGAUGCUGGAAAUGAAGCAGAUGUAUGCCGCGGAAGUGGACCAGGCGGAACGUCCCCACUACCUCCGGCGACUGACUAUGGCCAUCCUGCCGCACACACAGGCCAAAAAACUACCCUUUGAUACCUGCUUCCGGAUCGCCAAGCCAGCACAGGCACUGUCCACAGCCACCCAAGACGUAAUCAUAAGCUGUCAUUCAAUCUCUGACAGGAACCAGGUUAUGGCAGUGAUGCGAAAUAAAACUCUGCUCAACUUCGAGUCAGCCAACAUCACGUUUCUGCAGGCCCUGGAACUUAUGCCACCAUUACCUACCCCAGCAGGAACCACUAAUCAACAUGGGUGGGAUCCCACAAGAACAGUCCUGUUCACGCCACGCUCAGGAGCAAUGCCCGGGGUCGCCACCUGAACCGCAGCCUGAUAAAGUGGACCCAUCAGAGAUAUACAGCCUCGCAUCUAGACCCCUAAUGCCUUAUUGUUUAUACAUUUAAAUAUGUUAUUGUGGUUUUGAAAUUUUUGUUUUAUGCCUCACCUCAUAGAAAACGUUAAGCACACAGAGGGAUACAAGCGCCCUAUACACACCAACUCCCCCAAUCCUGGGGAGCCGGCACCAGGCCUUGAGCACCGCAAGCCAUCUCUGCUCGCACUGACUCUCCCCCCCCACAGCCCCCAAGGGGCAACACACCAAGAGCAAAUCUACAAGAACACCGGGCCCAGAAGCCUGAAUUUUAAUCCACACAUCUGCCCCAGUACACCCGCACCAGUACCCCACACCGGAUACACGAGACAGGAUCAAACUAGGUAGAAACCUACCGGCACCCGGCUAGCACAAUCGUAUACGGGAUACACGGAUGGUGCACCUCAUCUCAACCGAGGCAUUACUGUCUUUAGACAGUUUUUGUGGUCUUUCUAUAGCAAUAAAUUGGAAACUCUGCCUUAGUUGUCAUUUUUUCCAAAAUGCUAACUGAUCAUUGUUUUCAGUAGAUUAGGACAGAGCCCUACAGAUGUUAAAAGCAGGGGUGGGCUCUGGAAAUCUGUCAGUAUUUUACUGCUACAAAGCAAUUAACGAAGCCUAAUGGUUGCUUUUUAAUGAGCCCUAUGACUGUAUGUCGGACGGCAGUGAAAGGGUAAAGUUUUUAUUAUUUGCUUUUAUUUAAAAAUAUAGUGUUUGGAAAGGCUACAGGAAUAAAAAUCUGUGCAUCACAUCACAUUUCUAAACGUACUUAUAGUUACAAUACAAUAAGGAUUUGCAAACGAGAGCAUAAAAUAUGAAAUGUCCUUAAAUAUGCACUCAUCAUCGUUAGGUUUACAGAGAUAAGAUUGGAAAGUUAUGUAUUGAUCACAGAUUGUACAACUGCAUCUAGCAGAACCACCUGGAAAUCAUUUAAAUACAUUUUUCUAAGAAUAUUCUAUACAGUAAGUAUACCAGAUAUCAGAUCUAGAACUUGUAUCUUUUAAAGCGUAUUGCUUUUUUAAUAUAUCCAGCUAUUUAUCACAUUUGUAAGCCUCUUGUCUCGAGUUUAACUCUUCUGCAAUAAAAUAAAUCAAGUUUUCUGCCAGAAUCCCAUAUUACAUUUGUGUUUGUUAAGCACAAGCAGAACAAUUUAUCUUCAGGAUGGGUUAGCUUUUUCUUUAUCAAUUUGCAAAACAAAAAAUUAAAACAGUCUUGUAAAAAGUGCUUACAGUUUAUAUAUAUAUAUAAAUAAAUGAAGGAGGGAGGAAGCUGCACACUCGGUCUCCAAUUAAAAUCCCAAAUUUUAUUCCAUAUGCAUUAAAAUAGAUCAACGUUUCAGUCCUUUGUCAGGACUUUCCGUAGGAUCAAACAUAAAAACAAACUACAACAAUAACCAAAUAUAAAUAACCAAAAAAAUAAAGGGAACAAAAAAAUAACACAUCUUAGAUCUGAAUGAAUUAAAUAUUCUUCUGAAAUACUUUGUUCUUUACAUAGUUGAAUGUGCUGACAACAAAAUCACACAAAAAUAAAAAAAUGGAAAUCAAAUUUUUCAACCCAUGGAGGUCUGGAUUUGGAGUCACACUCAAAAUUAAAGAGGAAAAACACACUACAGGCUGAUCCAACUUUGAUGUAAUGUCCUUAAAACAAGUCAAAAUGAGGCUCAGUAGUGUGUGUGGCCUCCAUUUGCCUGUAUGACCUCCCUACAACGCCUGUGCAUGCUCCUGAUGAUGUGGCAGAUGGUCUCCUGAGGGAUCUCCUCCCAGACCUGGACUAAAGCAUCUGCCAACUCCUGGACAGUCUGUGGUGCAACAUGACGUUGGUGGAUGGAGCAAGACAUGAUGUCCCAGAUGUACUCAAUUGGAUUCACGUCUGGAGAACGGGCGGGCCAGUCCAUGGCAUCAAUGCCUUCGUCUUGCUGACACACUCCAGCCACAUGAGGUCUAGCACCAGCAUAUGGUCUCACAAGGGGUCUGAGGAUCUCAUCUCAGUACCUAAUGGCAGUCAGGCUACCUCUGGAGGGCACAUGGAGGGCUGAGCGGCCCCCCAAAGAAAUGCCACCCCACACCAUAACUGACCCACUGCCAAACCGGUCAUGCUGGAGGAUGUUGCAGGCAUCUCCAGAACGUUCUCCACGGCAUCUCCAGACUCUGUCACGUCUGUCACAUGUGCUCAGUGUGAACCUGCUUUCAUCUGUGAAGAGCACAGUGCGCCAGUGGCGAAUUUGCCAAUCUUGGUGUUCCCUGGCAAAUGCCAAACGUCCUGCACAGUGUUGGGCUUUAAGCACAACCCCCACCUGUGGACGUCGGGCCCUACCACCCUCAUGGAGUCUGUUUCUGACCGUUUGAGCAGACACAUGCACAUUUGUGGCCUGCUGGAGGUCAUUUUGCAGGGCUCUGGCAGUGCUCCUCCUGUUCCUCCUUGCACAAAGGCGGAGGUAGCGGUCCUGCUGUUGGGUUGUUGCCCUCCUACGGCCUCCUCCACGUCUCCUGAUGUACUGACCUGUAUCCUGGUAGCGCCUCCAUGCUCUGAACACCACACUGACAGAUACAGCAAACCUUCUUGCCACAGCUCGCAUUGAUGUGCCAUCCUGGAUGAGCUGCACUACCUGAGCCACUUGUGUGGGUUGUAGACUCCGUCUCAUGCUACCACUAGAGUGAAAGCACCGCCAGCAUUCAAAAGUGACCAAAACAGCCAGGAAGCAUAGGAACUGAGAAUUGGUCUGUGGACACCACCUGCAGAACCACUCCUUUAUUGGGGGUGUCUUACUAAUUGCCUAUAAUUUCCACCUGUUGUCUAUCCCAUUUGCACAACAGAAUGUGAAAUUGAUUGUCACUCAGUGUUGCUUCCUAAGUGGAAGUUUGAUUUCACAAAAGUGUGAUUGACUUGGAGUUACAUUGUGUUGUUUAAGUGUUCCCUUUAUUUUUUUAGCAGUUUAUUUAGACAUGAAGUGCAUAAUAGACUCACCCCAGGUUCUGUGCAUUGCCGGCAGCGUCCUACUGGGUCCCGGGCGCAUGCGUGUACGUGCUCCACCCCUAAAAGUGACGUAUUAUACUGUAUGCAUAGCAGUCACCAUGGCAGCGGUCUUAGCAUAUCGCGUUGCCAUAGUGACACACUAGCUGCAAUUACGUACUUACGGCACUAUGUCACUUUUAGGGGUGGAGCACGUACACGCAUGCGCCCGGGACCCAGUAGGACGCUGCCGGCAAUGCACAGCACCUGGGGUGAGUCUAUUAUGCACUACAUGUCUACCUAUAUAUUUGAUUAUUGUUGUAGUUUGUUUUGAUGUUUGAUCCUGAGGAAAGUCCUUAAAUGUUAAUCAAUUUUAAUGCAUAUUAAAUAAAAUUUGGGAUUUUAAUUGAAGACCGAACAUGCAGCUUCCUCCCUCCUUUGUUUGGAUACUCAAGGCCCUGGCUGGCACCCGGCUUAUAUUGGUAUACUUUAAGCCUGUGUGCAAGGAUUUCCAGCUUUUGUUUAUAUAUAUUUUUAUAUAAAAAAUACAAAAUGCAUGCACUCCAGGACUGAGAAUGCCCGGUGCUGGUCAGGCACAGAAUAUAGAACAAAAGUGAAAAUGACCGUGAAUGAAUUGGUUCUGAGUAUGAGUGGGAAGAUUCUGAGCGCUCGUGGCGAAUAAGAUGAUUCUGGUGGUGAAUGACCUGAUUCUUCAGGUCUUGGAGCAAAUUGGCAGGAUCACAGGAUCUUGGAAUGCAUUGACUGAUAAUUUUGUGGUAAAUAGUGAGUUGAUGAAAGUCUAAGCCUCAUUGGUCACCUUUGAGGGUUAGUGGCCAACAGAGUGAUGCACAGGGUCUCAGAGCGACUAGGCAGAUUCUUACACUACCUUGAAACAUAUAAUAUUUUUGGACUUGAUGUAAAUGGACAGAUUCUCAGGAUGAAUGAGAUAGUCUUAGUGUGUGCAGUCUCAGUGUGCAGAUUCUCAUAGUGAAUGAACAGAUUCACAUAAUCUUAUGUCUCAGAUUAAUGGGAAGAUUCUCAAGAUGAAUGCUUUCAUUCUAAAGCUCUCUUAGUUAAGAAAUAGAUUUUCAAGCUCUUGGGGCUCAUGCACAUUGGGGAUAGUGUCAGAUUGAGCAUUUUGGAACGAAUGGACAGGAUCUCAUGACCUCAGGGAAAAUGGUCAGAUUCUUAGUGUCUGCAAGAGCAUUUGUAUGCCAAAUAAGUAGAUUACUAGCUUCUAAGGGUAAAUGGGCAGAUUCUCAGGGUAAAUUGUCAGAUUCUCGAGGAAUAUGGGCAGAUUCCCAGGGUAAACUGUCAGAUUCCCAGGGUAAACUGUCAGAUUCCCAGGGUAAAUGGGCAGAUUCUCAGGGUAUAUGGGCAGAUUCUCAGGGUAAAUCGGCAGAUUCUUGAGGUAUAUGGGCAGAUUCUCAGGGUAAAUUGGCAGAUUCCCAGGGUAUAUGGGCAGAUUCUCAGGGUAAAUUGGCAGAUUCUUAGAGUAUAUGUGCGGAUUUUCAGGGUAUAUGGGCAGAUUCUUGGGGUAUAUGGGCAGAUUUGCAGAGUCUCAGGGUAAGACAUGAUUAUUUUGGGAUAAAUGGGCAGACUGUUAAAGUGUAGUUACACACAAAAUAUUAUUUUUAUAUUUUUUACAUUCUGGCAGCAUUUUCACAGUAAUUUCUUCAGGUUCUGCACCAACACCCAUCAUUUGGUUAUUUGACAAAAUGGGCGAAAUUUAGCAAUGCACCGAUGACAUUUUUACUCAUCAUUUUCUGCAAUUUUAUUAGAUCUAUCAAGUUUACAGCUAAGGUCCCCCACGUACCAAAAUAAUAAAAUCACAUCUUUAUUAUAAAGUUGACAUAAAAAUAAAACAUUAAGAGGACAGUGAGAAAUAUUUAACUGAAUGAAUUCCAAAAAUGCUAAAACGUGAGAUUUUAAUCUCAGGGUAUAUGGGAACAGAACUACCAAUGUUACUCCAUUCAUGUGCUAGAUUUAUAAACAAAAUAUCUGUUCUGGUUCAAACAUAGAAAACUGGCAAAUCUAUCAUUUGUAAUAAAUCUGCUGAUUCCACUGGUUUUAAGACUGACAGCCCCAGUGUUAGAGUUCUAGACCACUUUUCAAACAGAAAACGUUUCACAAAUAACUCCCAAUGUAUCAUUGUCAUCGGGAAGAGGAAGAUAGUUCUGUACGAGGUAUUGCCUCUAAGCAGGGCCAAUCAUGUUACUAGUAUAAUGGUCACAGAUCAUGGCAGCUCUGGAACAAUAAAUAGAAGGUACAUAAGACUACAACAACUUAUACAGUAAUUAAAUAAAUUAUUAUUAAUCUUUAUGAUAAAUUGUGUAUUUACCACUUUAGGAGCUAUUAGAGUGCAAUCUUUCGGAGCUUUUAUAUGUUAAGGUCAACCUGUUACAACAGUUUCCCUUGAAGCCCAAUUAGAUUGCAAGCUUUUAAGACCAUUUAAUUCUCUUCUUCAGUCAUACGUUUAUAUGUAUAACAUGGCUGAAGAAGAAACCUAUGUAAUCCUUAAAGCUCACAUUCUACUUAGUUGAUGCAACUCUCCACUUUUUAUACCAUCUGUUUACUUAGUAUAUAUUUUUUCCAUUUUAUGUUUCUUAAACGGGAUUAAAAACUUCAGUUUAAUAUCUGCCAACCCUCUACAUGUUCUGGGAAACAGUAAAACUGUACAAAAUAGCUACUUAGUUAUUAACUUUAUAAUUUCUUCUUUAAAGCAAGCCUUCACUGGCACAGUCUGGCAUUCAAUGAAAAUCGAUUUAAAGGGACACUCUAGGGGAGAGCUGAACCCUAUAUGGUCUUUGUUUGCUGUAGUGUCUGCUUUGGGCUGUCUCCUCCUGUUAUUUUCUUAUCUCAUACAAACCAUACCCCAGCAAGUUUCCAAGCCGACCCAUUAAAUAAGGGGGUAAAAAGCAAGCUGUAGUGGUUAUGGUGUUUGCAGUGUUUAUCUAAAGCAGGCUUCCCCAAACUCCGGCCCUCCAGAUGUUGCUGAACUACAACUCACAUGAGUCCAUGAAUUAAAUAGAUAGGCUGUGAAUCAUGGGAGUUGUAGUUCAGCAACAUCUGGAGGGCUGGAGUUUGGGGAAGCCUGGUCUAAAGGAGCACUUUAUCCUCUCAAUGAAUGCUAUUGUGCCCCUGUUCCUAGCUAUAUACAGCUCCUCUCUCAGUGUGCAAUAAAAACGUAUAAAAUGAAAAUUUUACCUAACUUUUUCCAGUGCUGAGGUUCCCUCAGCUAAUCACCUCUCCGCCUCCUGCAAUGUCAUCGAGGAAGCGUGGCCUCCUCCGGCCACGGUCCAAUCCAAUGCUCCCAUAGGGCUGCAUUGUGGACCUGAUGCGCAUGCAUGGCGAGUGUGCUAUGCACAUCCAAGUUUCCCCGUAGGAGAGCAUUGUAAAAUGGCCCUGCAUCACGCAACCAAAUUUUACUCUCUCAGUACAGCGAAUUUUACUCUCUCAGUACAUUCUUGUUGCUGUCAGUAUGACAGCCAUGAGAAGUUGAUUUAACCCUUCAAUGUAGCAUUGGUAAACAAGACAGGCCUCUUUAUAUUAUAUAUUUACAAUUCCUCUACGCAAUACGAAAUGACAGACUAUAACCCUAACUACCCUGGAGGGCCAUCACACGAGUACAGGGGAGGGUAAACUGGGUUUUACUUAAUUUCAUUUCAACUUUCAAUUAAUUACAAUAUAAAGCAAAACUAGGCCCAUGUAUAGACUUAUUGUGCUGAAUGAGAAAACAAGGCUUUGUUAUAUUAAUCUAAAAAUAUAAUAAUCUCUCAAUUUUAUUAUUUUCACUAAACUAUGUAACCCAAGAGUAGAUACUGAGCUUACCUAAUGGGAAAACCUUAACGAUGCAUGAUCCCUACGGCAGAAUGCUUAGCAGUAAUUUUAAAAUUCACUCAUUCAGCAUAGAAUUAGAAGACAUUUAAGAGUUCUUCGACAAUCUUGAAAAUGCAGUCUGAAAAGCCUUUUAAAAUUCAUAUUUCCCUUUAACUAGAUUUGAGCUCAAGGCUUAUUUGCUUAAACCGGCAGUUAGAUUUAAACAAUGACCCACUUUGACUGAAUGUCUUGGAUCAAUAUUUAAAAAUGGUCUAAUAUCAAAUGUUUUUCGUCCUUAAAUAAAUGGACUUGAUAAUUUAUGUGCGUUUAUCCUUUUCAGUAGUUCUUUCUGAUGUAACUGAGCAAAUAAUAUCAAUUCUGUGUAUUUAGUUCUUAGUAAAGUAAGCUGGGUGUCUCAGUUCCCCAGACAUGAAACACUAUAGAGAAGCACUGUUUGUCUCCGUGAGAUAUGAGGCAAUCAUUUGAUUCCACUCUAUGGUGUCUCCUGUUUGGUCCAUCAAGAAUCAGGGAGACCUCCAGGUACAUCUUCCCCUUCCCCAAUGCAGAUUGUGACUGCUCAGAAAUACUACUAUUGCUUAACUAUACCAGAAGAAAAAACUUUAGACUGCCCAGGUGAAGGCAUUUUUUUUUUUUUUUUUAAAAAGGGGGGAAAAAGUAUUUAUUGUCUUUUCAAAAUAUGGUUGUGCUUGAAUUGCCAUUCUCAUGAUGUCCCGCCAAGUCAUACUGGGUUUAUUCUACCAAUGUGUGAAUUAUCAGGGAUUCACAUUGAAUUCAAAGUGGAUUCCAAAUUUAAAGCCAGAGUAGUCAAACUGCCAGCUUAACUGAUUUAGAGAAUUUUUCUAGUUCGGUCAUUUUGCUCUAAAAUCUUGAAUUCACAGCAUUCACACUUUAGUGAAAAACAGCGAUAGAAUGAUAAAUAUGGUUUAACAAAUUGCUGGAGAGCUGCGUUUUAGUAGGAAAUAAUCCACUACCCAUAUUACCAGUAAAUUCUUAACACCAGACGCAUGUGUAUAGCCAAUUUAUCUAGUAAUGAUCUUUGUUUUUUCCUGGUAGGUGGAGCUGACCGGUAAUAGUAUUUAUGAAUACAUCCAUCCUUCAGAUCACGAUGAAAUGACAGCCGUUCUCACAGCCCAUCAGCCUCUUCACCCACACCUGCUUCAAGGUAAUUUCAUUACGUGGGUGAUUGUAUAGUUAGUUUGUGAUGCAAAAUAAAUGACAAUAAGUACAGAAAUCCAUCUAAAGGUAUGGGGGUAUAUGAAAUGCAAGAAACAUACAGGAUUUAAAGCAUAAAAAAAAUAAAUAAUAUUGUGCUGGUUGGCUUAUCGGUGCUAUCGGACUAUGAUACAUGUGUAUUAGAAAACCUCUGUAAAACGGUGAGUUUUAAUACGAAGUUUGAUCAUAGGGUGUGAAAGAGUCAGAGACCGUGCGGCAGUGUUUAAAAAUGAUACGUAGUCAUAAAUGCCCAAAUAAUAUUAUUAUUGUAAACUGAUCUGCUCUAAGAGUAAGAUUUAAAGCCAGCAUUUCUGAGUAGAUACUUACAGGGAGUGCAGAAUUAUAAGGCAAGUUGUAUUUUUGAGGAUUAAUUUUAUUAUUGAACAACAACCAUGUUCUCAAUGAACCUCAAAAACUCAUUAAUAUCAAAGCUGAAUAUUUUUGGAAGUAGUUUUUAGUUUGUUUUUAGUUAUAGCUAUGUUAGGGGGAUAUCUGUGUGUGCAGGUGACUAUUACUGUGCAUAAUUAUUAGGCAACUUAACAAAAAACAAAUAUAUACCCAUUUUAAUUAUUUAUUAUUACCAGUGAAACCAAUAUAACAUCUCAACAUUCACAAAUAUACAUUUCUGACAUUCAAAAACAAAACAAAAACAAAUCAGUGACCAAUAUAGCCACCUUUCUUUGCAAGGACACUCAAAAGCCUGCCAUCCAUGGAUUCUGUCAGUGUUUUGAUCUGUUCACCAUCAACAUUGCGUGCAGCAGCAACCACAGCCUCCCAGACACUGUUCAGAGAGGUGUACUGUUUUCCCUCCUUGUAAAUCUCACAUUUGAUGAUGGACCACAGGUUCUCAAUGGGGUUCAGAUCAGGUGAACAAGGAGGCCAUGUCAUUAGAUUUUCUUCUUUUAUACCCUUUCUUGCCAGCCACGCUGUGGAGUACUUGGACGCGUGUGAUGGAGCAUUGUCCUGCAUGAAAAUCAUGUUUUUCUUGAAGGAUGCAGACUUCUUCCUGUACCACUGCUUGAAGAAGGUGUCUUCCAGGAACUGGCAGUAGGACUGGGAGUUGAGCUUGACUCCAUCCUCAACCCGAAAAGGCCCCACAAGCUCAUCUUUGAUGAUACCAGCCCAAACCAGUACUCCACCUCCACCUUGCUGGCGUCUGAGUCGGACUGGAGCUCUCUGCCCUUUACCAAUCCAGCCACGGGCCCAUCCAUCUGGCCCAUCAAGACUCACUCUCAUUUCAUCAGUCCAUAAAACCUUAGAAAAAUCAGUCUUGAGAUAUUUCUUGGCCCAGUCUUGACGUUUCAGCUUGUGUAUCUUGUUCAGUGGUGGUCGUCUUUCAGCCUUUCUUACCUUGGCCAUGUCUCUGAGUAUUGCACACCUUGUGCUUUUGGGCACUCCAGUGAUGUUGCAGCUCUGAAAUAUGGCCAAACUGGUGGCAAGUGGCAUCGUGGCAGCUGCACGCUUGACUUUUCUCAGUUCAUGGGCAGUUAUUUUGCGCCUUGGUUUUUCCACACGCUUCUUGCGACCCUGUUGACUAUUUUGAAUGAAAUGCUUGAUUGUUCGAUGAUCACGCUUCAGAAGCUUUGCAAUUUUAAGAGUGCUGCAUCCCUCUGCAAGAUAUCUCACUAUUUUUGACUUUUCUGAGCCUGUCAAGUCCUUCUUUUGACCCAUUUUGCCAAAGGAAAGGAAGUUGCCUAAUAAUUAUGCACACCUGAUAUAGGGUGUUGAUGUCAUUAGACCACACCCCUUCUCAUUACAGAGAUGCACAUCACCUAAUAUGCUUAAUUGGUAGUAGGCUUUCGAGCCUAUACAGCUUGGAGUAAGACAACAUGCAUAAAGAGGAUGAUGUGGUCAAAAUACUCAUUUGCCUAAUAAUUCUGCACUCCCUGUAAAUUAAAACUGAAAUGUGCUGCUUGCACAAGUAUUCAAACACCUUAUAUUAAUAUUUAGUAAAUACUUUUUUUGCUUUAAAAACUUUAAAUCUUGAUGUAACUAUCUACCAGAUUUGUACACUGGCUGGGAGUAAUAUUUGCCCAUUCUCUUAUUUAUUUAUUACCCGGUAUUACUGGUCUCUUGGCAUAUUGACCCCACAUGGGUGGGUGCUGCUCGUGGUCUGCAAUUUUCAAAUAGCGACACAGGUUCUCAAUAGGAUGGAGAGUGGGACGUUUCCUGGGCCACUGUAGGAUAGUCAUGUUUUUGUUCUUCAGCCAUAUUGAAGUUAUUUUUGGGAUCAUUAUCCUGCUGGAAGGUGAACUUUCUCCCAAGUUCCAGCUGUUUCGCAGACUGUUGAGGUGAUUGUAUAGUUAGUUUGUCUGGGAUUUUGGACCAUCCAUUCUAACUUCAGUUCACACAAGAUCCCCAGGUCCUGCUAAUCAAAAGCUCCCUCACAACCUGAUUCUGCCAUCACCACCAGUAGUGCUGUUAAGGUAUGGUCAGUGUUUCAUUUGUGACACACGUGGCAGUUUGAAUUGUGGCCAGGAGCUCUGUCUUGAUCCCAUACGUCUUUGCACAAUGCUCACAAUGCUUUACUUUAGAAUGAGUCAUAUGGCAACAUUAAUAAACAGAUCAGCCGUUUAACCUUUGUUUGCAAUACUUGGUUAGACUUAAUUUUAUUCUCUUCCUGGAAUGACCCUAUCAUGAUUGGAUUCACACCACUCCUGGUUACUGAGUUUUUGAGGACAGUGACCUUUUCUAGACAGUGUCUGGGAGUUGUGAUGUAUCUCCCACUUCUGGAAAAUUAAUCCAACACUCCUAAUCAGCAUAUCUAAACACGUGCUGUUUGUUUGCUUUACAUAGAUGAGGUAGUUCGAGUACUCGACCUCUUUCUGCUCUAGAAUACUCUUCUUGAUUGUCACAGCUUUCCUUCAGAUCGGCAAGCUGCCCAAUGAUCCUUAUCCAGAGUGAGACUUUUAUCCAUCCAGGUCCAUGAUCAAUCAUUUAAUGUCUCACAGGUAGAGGCCAAUCAUAAUUGUAUUUCUAUAAGGGCAAUUGUUUUCAACUGUGUAAACACAGAGCUUCCAGAUGAGAGGGGUUGAAUAUUUUUGCAAACUGCUAAUUUUUGUUUAUUCUUUGUCUUUGAAAUAUUUUCUUUUCGCAUAAAAGCAAUGUCAUCUUAAAAUAAUUAUAUUUGAGUCUAAACGUUCUCAUAUAAAGUCUCACUUAGAACAAUUUUUCAAUAUGUAGACUGUUUAAGGCACUGUAUGGUGCUAGUCAUGAGAAAAAUUAAGGAAACAUAGAAACAUAGAAUGUGAUGGCAGAUAAGAACCAUUUGGCCCAUCUAGUCUGCCCAAUUUUGUAAAUACUUUCAUUAGUCCCUAGCCUUAUCUUAUAGUUAGGAUAGCCUUAUGCCUAUCCCACGCAUGCUUAAACUCCCUUACUGUGUUAACCUCUACCACUUCAGCUGGAAGACUAUUCCAUGUAUCCACUACCCUCUCAGUAAAGUAAUACUUCCUGAUAUUAUUUUUAAACCUUUGGCCCUCUAAUUUAAGAUAGUCCUCUUAAUUGCGGUAGUAUUUAUUCUUUUAAAUAUAGUGUUCUCCUUUACUGUGUUGAUUCUCUUUAACUAUUUAAACAUUUCUAUCAUAUCCCCCUGUCCCGUCUUUCCUUCAAGCUAUACUUGUUAAGAUCCUUUAACCUUUCCUGGUAAGUUUUAUCCUGCAAUCCAUGAACCAGUUUAGUAGCCCUUCCCUGAACUCUCUCUAAAGUAUCAAUAUCCUGCUAGAGAUACGGUCUCCAGUACUGCGUACAAUACUCCAAGUGAGGUCUCACCAGUGUUCUGUACAAUGGCAUGAUCACUUCCCUCUUUCUACUGCUAAUACCCUAUACAACCAAGCAUUCUGCUAGCAUUUCCUGCUGCUCUAUUACAUUGUCUGCCUACCUUUAAGUCAUCAGAAAUAAUCACUCCUAAAUCCCUUUCCUCAGAUGUUGAGGUUAGUACUGUAUCAAAUAUUUUGUACUCUUCCCUUGGGUUUUUAUAUCCAAGAUGCAUUAUCUUGCACUUAUCCACAUUAAAUGUCAGUUGCCGCAACUCUGACCAUUUUUCUAGUUUACCUAAAUCAUUUGCCAUUUGGCUUAUCCCUCCUGGAACAUCAACCCUGUUACAUAUCUUAGUAUCAUCAGCAAAAAGACAUACCUUACCAUCAAGACCUUCUGCAAUAUCACUAAUAAAAAUAUUAAAGAGAAUGGGUCCAAGUAUAGAUCCCUGAGGUACCCCACUGGUGACAAGUCCAAGCUUCGAAUAUAUUCCAUUAACUACAACCCUCUGUUGCCUGUCACUCAGCCACUGCCUUACCCAUUCAACAAUAUUGGAAUCCAAACUUAAAGAUUGCAGUUUAUUGAUAAGCCUUCUAUGUGCAACAGUGUCAAAAGCCUUACUGAAAUCUAGGUAAGCAAUGUCUACUGCACCACCCUGAUCUAUAAUUUUAGUUACCCAAUCAAAAAAAUCAAUAAGAUUAGUUUGGCAUGAUCUCCCUGAAGUAAACCCAUGUUGUCUCUGAUCUUGAAAUCCAUGUGUUUUUAGAUGUUCAACAAUCCUAUCCUUUAACAUGGUUUCCAUCACUUUCCCCACUACUGAAGUAAGGCUUACUGGCCUAUAGUUGCCCGACUCCUCCCUACUACCUUUCUUGUGAAUGGGCACAACAUUCGCUGACUUCCAAUCUUCUGGGACUACUACCGUUGUACAAUGAUUGGUUAUAGAAAUCUGUUAAUGGUUUUGCUAGUACCUAGGAGAGAGAUGUAAAAAGAGAUAUCCAAAGGUGAAUGGAUAGGUAGCAUUAUAAUUAGUGACAAGUAAAUCCCAUAAAUUAAUCAAUUUGUCUGAAUCAAAAUGCUUUUAAUCCAUGCCUGAAAGAAGCAAUUCGUUCGGGAACUUAUUUAUUUUUUGGAUGUAUCAAUCCAUUUGGGAGUAAAUGAAGAGGAAUUUUGAUUAGGAUGAAUAAAUUUGUUUAUGGAUCAAACACAUUUUUGCACAAGUCUAGUUGUAAGAACGAAUGUUAGACAGCGAUGCGGUGUGAAUAGCUCUGUAAGUGACGUACAGUGUGCCAAACUCAGCUGUAAGUCAUUCGCUGAAUUUCUUUCCAUUUCCCCUUGUAAACUUUGAAUUAGCCUUUUCCUUCAGUGUUGACUUGCAACAGAUUCACCACAACAUUCUAGUAAUAAAGCUUCUACAAAUGCUAAAGGUGAUGGCUAUAUUAUGAGAGACACCAUCAUGUUUUAAGGCAGUAGUGUCUAACCAAUGAACUCCAGAUGUUUGUGACCUACAUCUCCUAGGAUACAAAUUGGAAAUAUGAUUGAAAAACAUGUCCGGUGCCAUAGGCUGUAGAUCACCAGUUUAAGGCAACAUUGUAGCUCCUGAAAUGUAAAGUAGUAAAGCUUUUCAUUGACCUCCUGAGACAGGAACCAUCUGCACCUGUGGUCCUAAGAUGUCUAGCGCUUCCUACAUUUAGCCGUUUGGCUGCCAUGGUGUCCUACACUCGCUAUUCUGCUGCCUCUGUUGUCACAUCGGAAGCGCCAUGUUAAGUCUGACUUUGUUUUCCGUUACUAGUUCAAUUACUAGGAUGUUUUUCUGGUCAAAGUUUAUUUUUUAUUUUCAAGCAUAAUACAUCAAACCAUUGGCUUUGGGUUUUUGUUUUUUUUCCCCUCACUCUCUGGAUAUUCCUUAAAGACAGAUUCUUGGACAGAUGUGUUAACCAUCAAAAUGCAUUCCAGGCGUCAAGCAAGGAAACAGCUGUGUUCUCGCAUGUCAGCUGGCCAAGAGAUCUGCUCAGUCGGAGUGAUGUGUUUAAAUUCUUAUCUCUACAGAAGCACUUGUAGCUUGUUGUUUACACAUGUGAUGUCAUCAUAGAGUGGCUGAUUGAAGCGAGCCAGAGCAGACUGUAUGGACAGACACUAAUACAGAGCAGAGAUUAACGGAAUGCAGAAAUCCUUAAUCCAGUGUUUAGGAAAGUAUAUGUAAUAUAAAAUAAUUUCAGGGCACACGCCGACUGGUCUAAUUUAAUUGACAAUCAUUCAAUAAGAACAUGCUGAUGUCUGCGAUUCUAAAUAGGCAAUAGUCAGAUUAGCCUGUUUAAGCUGCCUUUUAAUUGCCAUUGUUAUUUCACCACUGCAUAACUGGAAUUAUAUUUCUUUGAAAUUGUGUUAUUUUCAUCCUGUCAUUAAUGAAUUUGCAUUUAUUUCAGCGUUGCCCAUAUAGCAAUAUUAUUUACCCAGGUACUUUUUAUUAUUAUUAUUAUUAUUAUUGCAAUUUAUAAAGCGCACACAGAUUCCGCAGCGCUGUACAAUUAGUUGAGAAACGUACAAUAUACACAAACAAAUACAAGAGGUAAGAGAGCCCUGCCCGUAAGCUGAUAUCUAGCCAUUGGAGCUCUUUAUACAAAGUGCUUAGCUAGAUGGCCCUUGAGCUUACAAUCUAAAGGAUACCAGGGGGAUUUGAGACAAAAGGUAGCAGGGGAAGUUUGGAAUUUUUAAUCCAUUUUAAUCCAUUUUUACAAUGGAUUAGUGGCUAAGGAUAUUUUAACACUAUUUAUAAAGAUUUAUAAACUGUUACAUUUAGGGAUUUAUUCACUAAACUCUGAAUUGUAGUAAAUUGAAAUGCAAAUGACGAAAGUGGUUAUUUAAUAAAGUCUGGGGCAAUUUGGACUGCAAAAUCCCGAAUGGGCCCCACACAUAGUGGUGACAGGUAAUGGCCCUAAUUAUAAUAUUCAAGGGUGGAUCUAGUGUCCACCCCAGGCCCCACACAUGGAUGACACCUGGAAGCUAUAAAUAAUUUCCCCACCCCAAUUAUUGACAUGGCCACCCCCUUCCAUACCCCCAACCUCUCAGUGGUUAGCAGGUCUGGUGCAAGGAUUUUUGGCUACAUAGACGAAGAUGCAUUUUACUGCUCACCCCUAUACAUCUUCACUUGUUGGUCUUUUAAUCCUCCUUUUAAAUUUCUUACCACCUCUUGUAGUUCUUAUCUCUCCUUUUGAAUGUCUUACCCCUUUCAGUGUAUCUUACUCCCCAGCCCCUUUGUGUAUAUCUUACUUCCCACAGUACCUUUGUGUGUCUCAUAAUUUCCCCCAGCCCUCUUGUGUGGCUCUUACUUUCCCCUAGCUGUUUUGUGUUUUUUACUUCCCCAGCCCCUUUUUGUGUCUUACUCCCCCCAGCCCCUUUGUGUGUCUAUUACUUCCCUCAGCCACUUUGUGUGUCUCUUACUCCCUCCUAGUACCUUUGUGUCUCCUAUUUUCCCUUCCUCCACUCCUCUAUGUGUCUAACCCACACCUUGUCUCUUUCUCUCCUUCCCUUGUCCCUGUGUGUGUCUCUUUCUUCCUUUCCCCAGCCCCUCUUUUUUAGAAUCUCAAAAAAGGCUUUAUUCAAACAUAAGCAUUUCAGGGUAUGCCCUGAUCCGUGUACAUUAGCAAGUAUCAGUUGAUUGAACAAGUAAAUAACAAAUAACGGACUCGCAGGUCCCAACAUUAAGUGUGCAGACAACACUCAAACAAUGUUACAUAGUAUUUCUAUAUGACAUUUGGUCACGUUUAACACGUUAAGACAUACAUAUGAGUGAUCGGAAUGCAGCUUGAAUAGAGGGAUAUUCAUAAGUUUGUGCCUUGCGUCUGUUUUAUGUGAUCCUCUAGUAUUACCUUAUCACCCUUAAGCCUCAUUCUCUUUGGGGUAGUGAGGUCUAUUGGUCCGUCGUCAUAUGUCAGAUGUCGUUCAGGGACUUGUCUUCCCAGCCCCUCUUUUUGCCCUUUUGCCCUCCCAGACCUUGUGUGUCUCUUUCUCCCCUUCCCCAGCCCUUCUGCGUGUUUCUUCUCCUUAGCCCCCAUCUUUCUUCACUUCCCCAGCCCCUCAGUGUGUCUCUUGCUCCUCUUUAUUUCUCUUUCUCACCUCCAGCCCCUCUGUUUGCCUCUUUGACCCCCAGCCCCUCUUUGUGUGUCAUUGUCCACAGCCCCUCUGUCUGCAUUAUUGUUCCCCAGCCCCUUUAUGUGCCUCUUUGUCUCCCCAUCCCUUUGUGGUCUCUCCUCCCUCUCCCUCUUUGCGUGCUAGAUUACCUCCUUGUGUGGCCGAGCAGACAGUGGUAGAGGAUAUUAUGUAUCCUUUACUUGAUCUGACAGGAAGCUGUUUGGCUCUCUCAGCGAGCACUUCCUGUCAGACCAGGUAGAGGAUACAGGACAAAUGGGCUGGGGGGUAGGAGAGGGGGAGAGACACAGUCUGUGGAAGGAGAAAAAGCUCUUGAUUUUUGUUUUAGGGGGGUGCAAGUAGUUGGUCUUGCCUAGGAUGCAAAAUAGCAUUUCACCGGCCCUGCCCCCAUAGGGUUUUUAUAACUUUCAUGUGGUAGCUGGCUAGCAUUUGCCAGAAUCUACAUGAUUAACCCUGAGGCUUUUUAUUUUAAUACCGACAUCGAAUGUAACUUGGCAAUUGUUGCAGAUUCACUCGGGCAACUGAAUUCCAUCCCUUAUUGGAUUUAAUAAGUAUGAAAAUUACCAAUGCAGUAGGAAUUUAAUCAUUUUGACCAGAUUUUGUUCAUCUAUUAAGUGGAUAAGCCUGAAAAUCUAGACAAAUAUAGCCAGACUAUGGCAAUAGUUGCGUUGCAAUGUUUCCUAAUCAUCAAAAUCUGCUCCGCAUCACUCAACAAAUAAAUGGUGUUAAUUUCUCAAUUUUUCCAUUGUAUCUUGUUUUCGGUCUGUAAAUACUAAUUUAAAUGUAAUUUAUUUUUUUAUUAUAAUUACACCAAUAGCAUUAUGUAGUUAUGUUUUGUUGUACAAUUUGGCAGAAAGGUGUAAAUACAUAUUUUUCUUAAAGUGCAUUCUGGGUAAUCAGUAAUUAUUGGUAUUGAAAGGUUUAAAGGGCUUUGUCUACCAGAAGUUCCAACAGCUUCAUAAAAGUGAUGAUCCAGUAUUUUCAGCCACAAUUAUGGUCGAAUUUUGCUCAUUUUACUCGUCCUAGAUAAUAUCGACGCUCGUGGUGCAAUACCUUUAAUGUAAGCCAGGUUUGGCAGCGCUGCUUAAUGGAAAAAUGUGAUAUUCCACACCGUGUUUAGUUAAUCUACAUCCCCCGGCUGCAAUCAGAGAAUAAGGAGAAUAUUAAAAAUGACAACUAUGAACUUCAGAGAACAAAAUGGCAGCAGUGAAUACAGGAGUCAGCUUUACGUACAAAUCUCCACUUAAUCCCCCAUCAGUGGAAAAAAGUACACUGGAUUUAGAGAGCUUCACUUUACAAAAUAAAUAACUAAUGAAAUAUACAUGUAGAAGAAUUUAAUCCCUUUAUCCCACAAAGUGCUGAUUUGUUAUAAGGUAUCCGGUAACCUAGCUAGGGGGCAUAACGAGACGCAUGCUGCAUGUAUAAUGAGCACAGACUCAGACAGUCACUGACCUCACACUGUAUAGAGACCUUUCUUAAGGUAACAGCAUUCAUUAUAAGAGCACAGUCAAUGUUGGGUGGGGGAUAUGUGGAUGUGAUGAUGUUGAAAACAUUCACCCCUCUGCCUUCCAGCUACCAUGGCCAACUUAGACAGAUCAGGGCCCCUUGGACUUGCCUUUCUUACGCCCUGUGCCACCAAGACCAUUUUCACUAACAGACUGCUAUGACUCCAGUGCUUAAGUUAAAAAGCAGGCCCCUCUGUGUGUCUUUGUCCCCCCAACCCCUUUGUGUGUCACCACAGCCCUUCUUCGUGUGUCAUUGUCCAUGCUCUUCUGUCUGCCUUCUUGUCCACCCCAGCCCCUCUAUGUCAUUUUUUGUCACCCCCAUCCCUUCUCAACCCUCUCCCCCUUUGCAUGCUCGAUUACCUCCUUGUAGCGUUGAAAAGUGGACAGCGGUAGGGGAACUUCUGUAUCCUUUACUCGAUCUGACAGAAAGCUCGAGCACUCCCGGCGAGCACUCCCUGUUGACGGGGUAGAGGAUACAGGAUAAAAAGACUUGCAAAUGGAUGGGGGGGAGGAGAGACACACAUAGGUGCUAGGUAGAGUAAGACACACACAAAGGUGCUAGGGGAAAAUGACACUAGGGGCUGGGGAAGGGUAGUGACACACAAAGCUCUUAGUUAUUGUUUUGGGUAGAGAUGCAAGUAGCUGGUCUUGCCUAUGACACAAAAAUGGCAUAUCACCAAAAUAGCAUAUUACCAAAAUAGCAUACCAUGACUGGUUUGUGCCCUGUACCCCAUAAAUGCAGACACCACACUGGGUUUAUAGACACCUGAUAACCUGAGAUUGGUUCACUGGACUGUCCGGGAAAGAGGGUUAUACUGAGUGCUAGCUCACCUGCAAUGAGAACCAGAAGGCCAGCUUAAUAUUUUAUAGCUGAUAAAAUGUGACUGUGAUGCUUUGUACUGUAUCACCUAGUGUAGAGUUCUGUGACAUUAUUUAUAGUUAUACCAACUAUACCCAAUAUAUGUAAUAUAUAUCUGAAAGCUUGUCAGUGGAGGUUCAGCAUAGCUUUCCCUUCGGGCUUAGUCCUAACUAUAAUUCUCUAAACUAUUAUUAUAAUUCUAGUGUUAAUUAUUUAUUAAGUUAUUUUUUAAUGUUUUCUUGAAUAAAGUUUGGCUUGUCUACUGCAGCUUAGCUCUUGCUCUCUUAGCCUAAUAUUGUCAUUCUAAGUUUGAAGGUCUAAUGAGGAAGACCCCUGAUUCAUCAUUAAUCGAAAGGUCGGAGAGGGACUGGUUUUAGAUACUGUGCAGUCCCUUUCUGUAUCUCCCAAGCUUGUGUCAAACUUAACAAAACCUAAAGCAAGGUUUUCUCUUGCCUCUAUGCCUAAUGCAUUACCAAUGAGCUUUCAGUAGAUCGACAGCUAGGGUUAAUCUGCAGAAGACAAGCCAGACUUUACGCCCGGGGAGAGCAAGGGUGAUUAUCAAACUGAAAAGUCAAUAACAGUUUGACUCAAAGACAUUUUGCACCAUACAAAUUAAUGAGCUGCAGUAGUUAUGGUGCUUAAAUUAUUAAUUUAAGGUAACUAUACGCUGGCAUGAAAUUGCAGAAUUUUAAAAAAAAAAUUAAUAUUGGUUGUUUUACUUAAUUUUCUAUGCCUUAACAUGGAAAUCUGAACAAUAUAUUUUGCAUUCAAUCUAUCUCCAAUAUAUUAAAUCCAGACAUCUGUUGUCAAUCACAACUGUAACACUGUCCAUUAGCAGGAUUUUGUCCAACACAUAUCAAACCUGUCUGACUGAAAACUUUACUGGUAUAUCCACUUCUAUUAUUCCAUCAGAAUACGAGAUCGAGAGAUCAUUCUUCCUACGGAUGAAAUGCGUUCUUGCCAAAAGAAAUGCAGGGCUCACAUGUAGCGGCUACAAGGUAAGAAUCGUCUUUUAUUUCUUACUAAGAGUCAUAGGGGAUUAUUCAUUAAACAGCAAACUGCAGUCAGUAGAAAACAGACUUUCUAAAUUUAGGCUGAAAUAUACUGUUUAAAUUUGGUCAUUUGGAAUGCAUCUUUUACAACUCAUAUAGAAUGUACAAAUAAUGCUUGCAUUUGGGCCCAAUGGGCACUAUGCCUUCUGCUAGGAUACAGCAUUGUAGGAAGAGGGAUGGUGGUUGAUAUUUACAGUCCCUCUGCAUAAAUGCAGAGAGGCUUAAUGAAGCCCUGACAGAGGAGACACUGGGGGUAAUUAAAUGUAGUUUGAGCGGCCAAAUUUAGUUUUUGCAUUGCUUUUACAUAGAAACAUAGCAUGUGACGGCAGAUAAGAACCAUUUGGCCCAUCUAGUCUGCCCAAUAUUUUUAAAUACUUUUAAUAAGUCCCUGGCGUUAUCUUAUAGUUAGGAUAGCCUUAUGCCUAUCCCACGCAUGCUUAAACUCCCUCACUGUGUUAACCUCUACCACUUCCGCUGGAAGGCUAUUCCAUGCAUCCACUACCGUUAAGAAAUUAAUUAAAUACAUGAAAGUCUACUAGACAAGCUAGGGAAAUUAAACCAAACAACAUGGAGUAUCCAGCAAUUAGACAGAAUUACCCUGAGAUUUAAACAACGCUUCUACCAGCAGGGAUCUUUUAAGCUGAACUUAGAUGCUGCCCAUUACCUGCAUAGAUUGUUUUUAACUAGAUUGUCUUAUAUUUAAUUGAUUCUCGAGUUCUAUGCUAUUAUGGUCAUACAGCUAACACUGAAUUAUUUACAUCCGUUUGCUAUAUAACGGGUCAUUGUUUAAUUCUACCUUCUCAAUAAACUCAACAACACUUACUAAAAUUAUUGUACCCAAGCAAAAAUUCAAUUUUAGCCACAAUUUCCUUAUUUGCAUGAGAAUAAUGCAUUAUUUACUGCACAGAAAUCUUACAGAGCUCUGAAGGUUUAGGAGCGGAGGGACACAGUUGUCAUGUUGUGAUCUAUUUGUGUCCUUUGUAUGGAGUAAAAACAUAUAUUAUUUUCGAUAUUUGAAGUUGACAGGGUUGAGAAAUGCGCACACAGUGUUAAAUACCAUUACUUAGAUAAGGGAGAGCUGCCAACAUCAUACUUGGAUAAUUCUGUGGCAAAUAUCUUAUUCUCAGCUGAAACAUGAGACGGACAUUCUAUUUAAAAGUGAAAAUAGAAUGAAAUAGCACAUGAUCCUAGCAAUGAUUAAUCUGAGCUAUAAUGCAUUCCACAGGAAUGCUUCCCAGACCAAUGCUUACUUGAUAUCUUCCUACCUUGGGUAAAUAAAGUACAAGAGCCAGCGAGUUUGUUUAUUAACGUGCCACUAUAAAUACUUGCUAAUGAAAGCAAAAACUAGAACAUUGCUUUUUAUUAUUACUCAAAAAAUUAUUAUUAACACUAAUUAACUUUAUUAUUUAAAAUAAGCCUCUUUCUAAGGGUGCAAAGUGGGGAAGGGGAGGUAACAUUUGGCUACCGGGCAAGUGCAAGGAUUUCUGCCGCCCUAGGCAAACAAAAAUUUGCCGCCCCCCACAUCACAAUGCCCCACCAAUAUGAUCUGCCAUAUGAGCCAACGCCAGUGCUGCACACAGUGUCUUUUCUCUGAAAAGGCAGUGUGUUUACAUUAAAAAGCAUCAGGGGCAGGCUAUAGACACUAGAUCCACUAAAUUAAGCUGUAGUGGUUCUGGUGACUAUAGUGUCCCUUUAAUGUAAUUUAGAGAUUAGUGAGAAUAUGAUAUACUGGAUUGCCUACUUACUACCAGAUGAAACAAGAGGAUGAUGAUUGACUCAGGCUGCAGUCUUGCUCCACUCUUCUGGCGUAGAAGAGGCUCUCUGGAGGAUGUUUGUAACUCUGCUCACAAAAAUCAACAAACAGGAAGCAGCUCCAUUUUUUUGAGCCCUUACGCAGCUCAAGGUCUGGGCCCCCAGGGCCUGACCAUGAGUAUGCCUACAAGGCCCUCCUACAUGGCCCACACUCACAGGGAGUGGAGUGUAUGUUUGUAGGGGAUAUGUUGUGUGUUAUUGAAGAGGAUGUAAUGUGUGUGUAUUCUUAUGGAAUGUAGUGUAUAGGAAUACCAGCUUGUGUAGUGUGUAUGUGUGUGUGUGUAUAGGGGAUGCAGUGUGUGAGUCUGUGUUUGUAUGCAUAAGGGAUGCAAAGUGUGUUUCUGUGUAUGUAAGGGAUGCAGUGUGUGUUUGUGUGUGCGUAAUGGAAGCAUUGUGUGUUUUUGUAUGUAAGGGAUGCAUUGUGUGUGAAAGGACUGCUUUGUGGGUGGGUGUGUGUGUGUGUAUGUGUGUGUGUGUGUGUGUGUGAGGGAUGCAUUGUGUGUGUGUAAUGGAUGCAUUGUGUGUAAGAGUGAGUGUGUAAGGGAAACAUGGUGUGUUUCUGUGUGUGUGUGUGUAGGAUUCACUGUAUGUGUCGGUGUGUGAGUAAGGAUGUAUUCUAUGUUUCUGUGUAUGUGAGAAAUGCACACAUAGUGUUUAAUACCAUUACUUAAAUAAGGGAGCGCUGCCAACAUCAUACUCUUUCGCCCUCCCCCCCUCCCCUGGUGGUCUCUACCCCCGGUGGUCUCUCUCUCCUCCCCACUCCCCUGGUGGUUUCUCCCUCUUCCCCCUGGUGGAUUCUCUCUCCCAUCCACCAUGGUGGUCUCUCCCCUCCAAGUUGUCUCUCUCUCCCCCCCUCCCCUGGUGUUCUCUUUCUCUCCCUCCCCUGGUAGUCUCAUUCUCCCUUCCCUGGUGGUCUCACCCUUUCCUCCCCCUCCCCUGGUGGUCUUUCCCUCUUCCCCCUGGUGGUUUCUCUCUCUCCCCUCCUCUGCUGGUGGUCUCUUUCCCCCCUUCCCUGGUGCUCUCUCCCCCCCCUUCCCGGUGCUCUCUCCCCUUCCCCGUGCUCUCUCCCCCUUCCCUGGUGCUCUCUCCCCUUCCCUGGUGCUCUCUCCCUCUUCCCCACCUUCCGUCCUCUCCCUCCCAGGUGCUCUCUCCCCUUCCCUGGUGCUCUCCCCCCUUCCCUGGUAGUCUAACCCUCUCCUCCCCCUUCCCUGGUGGUCUCUCCCUCUCCCCCAAUCCUCUGGUAGAAUCUCUCCUCUCCCCUUCCCUUGUGUGCCUCCUAGCUCUCUGUGUAGCGUGGCCAGGCGGCGCAGACCGCAGUACAUGAGCUUUUGCUUCCUGUACCUGGCCGGACUGACAGGAAAUGCUCACUGAGAGAGAGCACUUCCUGUAAGUCUGGCCGGGUACAGGAAGCUCCUAUACCGCGGUCCGCGCCACAAGACCAUGCUACACUGAGUGACUGGCAGGAGGGGGUGCUGUGCGCUUCCCUUCUGCUGGCAGCGCCGGAACUGGCCCACUGGGAUACCGGGAAUUUUCCCGGUGGGCCAUGGCACCUGGGACCGGCAGGUAACACUUAUGUUUAAUUUAAAAAAAAUUUCCCUCGAACUGUGACAGCUUCUGUUAGUCCAAGGGAAUUCAGGAGGCAGGUGCUGGGGGCUGGUGCGGCCGCAUUAAGGCUGCUGACGGCCGUAGGGAGCACUGUGUCUCCCUUCCUCAUUCCCAGCACCUUCCUUAGCACUUUUGCCCCGGCCCAGCAUGGAAGCUCCGCCCCACAUGGAAGCUCCACCUGUUGGGAAGCUCCGCCUCCCGCACUCAAGCAGUGGACCUUGCUGCAGGAAGAGGUCUGAAAAUGGCCUCCCAGAGAAAACUUUAUCUCCCACAGCCUCCAGUGCCAGGUAGGGUUCAAAUACUGUGUCUGUAGUGAGUGUGUGUAUACACAUAUAGGUACACAUACACAUUUCGUGGCACAAGGACUUAUGGGGCUGCUUUGAAAUUCCCAGUCCGGCCCUGCCUGCUUGGUCACUCGUAUCUUGUGCCUCCAGAGCCGGUGCACCCUAGAGGACGCGCCGGCCCUGGCUGUGCUGCCUGAAGGCAGCUGCAGCAUGAGGGGCGCCGCGCUGGCAACGCAGGGCGCCUCCUUCAAAGCUGCACCCUAGGCAACUGCCUAAGUCGUCAAUAGGAAGAGCCGGCCCUGUGUGGCUCUUUGGGGAGAUGUAUACAAAGCUCUAUAUAGGAGAAUGUUGAAUCACAAGACUUUUGGGGGGGGGAACAAAUAUUCACGCACACCCGAGGUUUCUUCUAAAAAGCAGUAUUUUUAUUUGGAACAAGAAAGUGGAGACAACGUUUCGGCUCCUCUCUGAGCCUGUAUCAAGACUUAAUAAAGGCUCAGAGAGGAGCCGAAACGCUGUCUCCACUUACUUGUUCCAAAUAAAAGCCUGCCAUUUAGAAGAAACCUCAGGUGUGCCUGGAUAUUCCUUUUCUUCCAUUUGAUGUCUUCAGGGAUUGGCUCCCUUUCUGGAGCACUCUGCAGGAAGUAUUCUCCCUUUUGUAUUGUUUGCAUUAUACUCUUGUUUUUUUUAUUUCCAAACAGUCCUGGGGGGAGCCUGAGACUCUACACAAGGAAUUAAGAGGCAUUAGAAGGGUUUACUGGAGAUAAUGAUUGAGUACGAUGCUCUAUAAUAGUUAAAGAGGUUUGACAUGAGUCUGAUGGGGACAGAGACAGCACAAGGCUAUGCUAUGUAUAGAUGAAGAGGAACAGCAAGGCUCUUAAGGGGGGUAAAGUUUAAAGGAGAUACAUGGGCAGCAGCAGGGGGAAAGAUGCCGAUCAGGAGCAUGAAAGGGGGGAGGCAACAUUUGAAUGUCUGGAGUCAAAGAACCAGCACAAGGCUCUACACUGGGAGAGAUACAGAAUAAUGCCAACACUCGCUUGCCACAGCUCCGCUUCAACAAAUCCUGCAAAUAAAAUAAAUCCAGAUAUAAUUACAUUUCUUAAUUCUCCACUUGUGGAAACUCUAGUUUUACUAACUCUGAUAAUCACUCGCAGUGAGCUCUGUACAGUGCAGAAAAAACAGGUAGGAACCAAAUGUACGCGUUACGAUUUAAGCAAUACUUUUUCAAUAUCCGAAACACGUUACAUUGGAUCCCUGCCUAUUUUAUCCAUGGUAUAUAGAGAUUACUGCAAAUGGUUAUUGGAGUUAUGAAUCCUAGAGUUUAGUAAGGGAUAAAGCCAAAUGAUUGUAUCUAUAUUCACUUUGAUCUCUGGAUUUAUUGAAGCAGAGGCAUAACAAAGACAGUGUUUGUAAGGAGGUAUGAACCUAAUUUCAACAUUGAGUUACAUGAUGCUAUACUGUGGGGCUAUAUUUUGGUUUGACGACUUUCGAUUUUAUGUUGGACUGUAAUUUAGUAAAGUUACAAAAUCCUCCCCCCAUUAGCCCCCCAGCCCCCACUUGCAUUGCUAAAUUGUGACUACUGUGGUAUCAAGGGGUUCCAGUUAUGGAAUAUAUGGAGUAUGAUUCUCUGAUUUUCCAAGGAGACAACAGUCAGGCUGUGCAAGGCUUUACAGUGGAAGAGAGGCUAUGUAAGGCUCUGCAGGAGAAAUAAGAGACCUUACAACAAAGGCAGGCAGCUUUUGGCCUGGACUACAUCUCCUCUAAUGUGUUGCCAGCAAUAUGGCUGUAAGCAUUAUGGGAGAUGUAGUCCAGAACAUGUGAAGCUUGCCUUCCCCUGCCCUUCAUAGAUUGACAGCACAACACUCUAAAGCAGGGGCGGACAAAAGCAGAUCUCCAGCUUUUGUAGAACGAAAAAUCCCACAAUGCUUUGCUAAUCUUAAGGCUAGCAAAGCUUCAUGGAUGAUGUAGGUCAACAACAGCUGGGUAUCUGUCUUUGGUUGUCCCUACUCUACAGGGAGGAAGAGGAAGCACAGGGUUCUGGGGAAGAACGAUAUAUUGCAAAGGUCUCUGGAAAUGACUGGAAACAAGGGGUAUAUGGACGUGUGUACCUGGUGAGUCCAUUUUACUCAUAGAUUGUGGCAACAUAACAGCAACGCCUAACCAUGGAUGUACGGUAAUAGUCAUUUCUCAAACAUGAAUAAUGAAAAAAAAUAUAUAAAUAAUAAUAAUAAUAACAAUAAACAGAUGUUGUAAUAAAGAUAUAAUGAUUUCAGCUGAGAUACAUUUUUAUGAAUGUUCAUGAAGCACUGCAACAAAUUUAAUUGCCUACCUCUGCCCCAAUAUGUAGGACGUAGUCCUGAUUGGGGUGAUACUUUGUUACAAAAUGCCAGUGUUCCGUUAUGUUUAGUGUGUCUGUGUUAUGUCUUAUCUUUGUAUGACAGGUGAUUCACUGCAGUGGGUAUCUGAAAAUAAGGCAGUAUAUGCUGGACAUUUCUUUAUAUGACUCCUGCUAUCAAAUUGUAGGGCUCGUAGCUGUUGGACAGUCCUUACCCCCAAGUGCAAUAACAGAGAUCAAACUCCACAGUAAUAUGUUCAUGUUCAGAGCAAGCCUGGAUCUGAAACUCAUCUUCCUGGAUUCAAGGUAAGCACAGAGAACAGACAGACAUAAAGAUAUUACAACUAUUUCACAAUAGACAAAAGUAUUCUAAAAGUGUUCUCACUUUUUUACCAUUUGGCACUGUGGUAUUAUUUAAGUGAUUAACACAUACAUUAAUCCAACUAUACACAGGUAUGGAGAAAAUAAUGAAAAAUCUAAUCGUAGAGCAGUUUAAAGCACCAUAACCACUGCAGUCCACUGUAGUUAUUAUGAUGGCGCUGUUUGCCCUCUUCCUAGGUUGCCACUGGGUGUCGAAGGUGCUCUAUGGCGGUGACGUGCGUCCUGCUUCUGCAGAGCUGCAAAAGCCAGAUGCCUAUUCUGCUGGCCAUUCAUUGGUUGAGUGCAUCAGCUGACCACUCUCAGUCAAUGAAUGCUGCUCUGUACAUAGAAAUAUGAAUUUGCCACACAGAACUGCUGGAAGAAGAGCUACAGUUAUGGCAGCAAAGGGGUGAAACACGCUAUGUGCAGCAUUAAAUAAUAAUAAAAACGCUGCAUUUACAGACUUAAGGCACCAUGACCACUUGACCACUGAACAUGGUGCUUGGAAAAACCCUUUCUCAAUGCUUUCCUAUGGACGCUGGCAUCUUCUCACUGUGAAAAUCACAGUGAGAAGCACGGAAGCGCCUCUAGCGGCUGUCAAUGAGACAGCCACUAGAGGCUGGAUUAACCCUAAAGUAAACUGCUAUGUUUACAACAGGCAGGGUUAACCCUAGAUGGACCUGAUACCCAGACCACUUAAUUGAGCUGAAGUGGUCUGGGUGCCUAUAGUGGUCUUUUAAUUAGCAGUACGUGUCUUCCAUACAUGAUUGAGAUCUGACAGUAAGUGCUUUGACAUGUUAGUUUUUAAAGGAACAACAUACAACUAACCGACCUCUGAAGACAAAAUUAGUCAGAACCAAAUUUCACCAAAAUAAUUACCCAGUACUUAGGCAGUUGCCUAGAGUGCACUGGCCCGGGGGGGCACCAAGUUUGAGUGACCUGGUAGAAGGGAAGCGCACAGCGCUCCCUCCUACCUGUCACUCAGUGUAGCGUGGCCUGGUGGCGCGGACCAUGUUACAAGAGUUCUGUUUCUUGUACCCGGCUGGACUGAAAGGAAGUACUCUCUCAGUGAGCACUUCCUGUCAGAGUGGGACCGAUCGUCUCCACACCCUGUAUCUUUCCCUGUGGUUGGGGAGGGGGACCGACUGAUCCCUCCCAAGGUGUCUCCAGCUGCUACUGGGGAGAGAGAACGACCGUCUCUUCUCCCAAUAACGCACUCUGCCGGUGUGGAGAAAGGCUGACACACUUCUCUCCCUGUAACUCUGGCUGCCGCUGGGGAAAGAGACAGUUUGUCUCCUCUCCCUGCAUGAUACACUGCUGCUGGGGAGAGAGACUGACCGUCUCUUCUCCCAAUAACGCACUCUGCCGCUGGGGAGGAAGGGCGACAUGCUUCUCUCCCUGGACUGAACACUGACGCUGGGGGGUGAGACCAGUUGUCUCCACUCCCUGUAACACACUCUGCCACUGGGGAGGAAGGGCGACACGCUUCUCUCCCUGGACUGCACACUGUCAUUGAGGUCUCUCCCAAUGUGCCAACUCGCUUGCCAGCUCUGCUUUGUGCUGCAUGCUUUUCUCAGAGAGGUUGGGUCCAUAGGAAGCCAGCAGCCCCUUAAACUCUCUGUCAAACUCUGCAUCAGUGUAACUGGGCGCCAUGUUUGUUCCACUCUAGAAGAUGUGCAGGAGUCCCAGGGGUGUUCUGAUGUUCCCCCAAGGCUAGGAAGCCAUCCCACCGCUGCCAACCAAUGUGACGGACUGCUUGGCACCCCGACUGGGUGCCUCCACCAAUCACUGCUUCCUAGUAAUCAUUGAGUACUAUAAGCACCGCACCAGACACCAUAACCACCGUAAACCCCACAAACCACCGCAGUUUGGUUGGGGUCUCGCUGUCCUUCACCCACCCUGGACACAAGACCAGGAUCCAGCUUUCAGUGGGUAGACCUCUCCUAGUCCAGAGAGUAAAGCAGGCUGCUCUUACAAGAGCAAGUGUUGUAAUCGAAGGGAGUAUAGUGAUUAUAGCAAUCCCCAGAGUGAAUAUUGCUGUCCCCUCCACACAUGAGACGAGGCUCUAUGUUGAGGGUGAAGAGGAACUGUUUAAUGGCAGCCACAACUGGCCUCAUAUGCAAAUCCCCAUGUAAGGGGUUUUCCAUGACAUAUUCCAGGAGCAUUCCCCACUGGACCUGAAAGGGGACUAUGACAAAGUACACACUGUAAUUACAUUGGCUCUCAGAUCCAGGACUCUCCCACACAAAACAGGGUAAUCCCUCUCCUGGACCUGAGAGGGGACUAGUUACAAGUUACAAACUCCUCUUCUGUGUCUGAGAAAUAAUUGGGUCAGGAACUGAACUAACUCAAUAAUCUUCAGGCACAGAAAAACAUACAAUAUUACAAAACCCCCAAAAUACCUUUUAAACACAUAAAAAACCCACAAAAGUUACAUCAAAAGAUAGCCCCAAUCUGGGUGACCAACAUAUCCAAAAAUCACCCAGAUCGGUUCAAGGGUUCGAGACUUCCAUGGAAGUCAAUUAUUUGAUGGACCGCGCACAUGGUCCUAUGCCCAAAACAGUUCCAUGAAAUCAGUGCUAACGGUUGGUCAAGUUCGGUGGUCUUUUACAGAUUUCACUGCAGGGCCCAUAGUGUUUGGGCAGCAGGCUCCUCCAGGAGCUCGUGGCAAACUUACAUGGGAAGGGGAGUUUGUCACAGUGCAGAUUGGGCUAAAGAAGGAUAUUAUGGAAGUACAAAAGUCCCAGUAACAAAAUUAAUAAGGUGAAUGGAAGAUUUAUUUGAAAAUAGCUAGAAAACUUGAACAUGUUUAAAAAAAAAGGCAUCUCAGAAGGGAAAUAUAACAAUUUAAAAAUAUAUCAACCUGCUCAUUAACAGAACUAUACGUAAGAUAAGAGGUCACCCAUUUCAACAUGAAGAAAGGAGAUUUUGCUUACAUCACAGGGAAGGUUGUUUUACAGUAAGAACAACACUGAUGAGGAAUUCUCUGCCUAAAGAGGUUGGUUCACAUAUUUUUAAACAAUGUCUAGCUAUGCUUUUGGAAAACCAGAAUAUUUUAGGAUAUAAUUUUUAAUGUGAGCAGUAACUGCCUGCUGAAUCAUGGAGAAAUCUGGUGGCCAUUUAGCAUACCGAAGGAUUUUGUCACAUUUUGUGUGAAAACUCAUGAAUGGAUACAGUAGUAAAAUUAGUUCUUAAAAUUUACAUAAUUUGUACAUAAUUAGGUCAUGUUUAUGGUCAUGAACUAAGAAGGUAAUUUCUUCAGAUAUAGGCCUUGAUUUAAAAUUAUUGGAUAAACUUUUAAAUGUAUUUUUUUUCAAAAUAAUAAAAUAUUGAUAAAUAUAUCAUAAUAAUAUAUAUUAAAAAAAAAAUCAAAAUUUUAAAAGAAGUCACCUAAGACAAAACGCGUUGAGCUGAGCAGAGGACAGGCGGGGUGGACAGUGAACACAGAGGUCCAAUAGCAGCAGUGAAGUUUCAGUAUUUGGGCCCAAAAGAAUAUUGCAUUGUGUGGACUAAACUGCAUCUAGAGGACUGGGUGAUAUUUUUCUGUCAUUGGGCAGCAUGCACUUUUGCACUAUUAUUUUACCACUUGCCACUUCUCCAUGUUUAUGUGUAUGUCUAUUGUACUAUAAGUUUAUGUUUAAUAAAGAUUCUGUUAAGAUUUUUUGCUUUCUUUUUUCUUCCCAUGUGAAUACUUCACCCAAGCUGGUAAUUAUUAAUGUACAGUAGUUAUUGUGGCGCUCGGGUUGCUUUGUUUCUUUUCUAUGGGAAGAGAAGCUGAUCUCCUGUAGAAGAUAAAGAUAAUAUAGAGAUAACCCCCUUCUCAUGCAAGCCAUUAAAGAAAUGUAUUAGUUAACUGACUGUCAAACCGAAUGAAAGACAAGAGAAAAACAGUCAGUAGGAUACCAUGAGUGAAAAAAGUAUUUGAUCCCCUUUGAUUUUGAACAUUUGCCCACUGACAAAGAAAUGAUCAGUCUAUAGUUUUAAUGGUAGGUGUAAUUUAACAGUGAGAGACAGAAUGACAAAAAAAAAAAAUCCGGAAAAACCCAGGUCAAAAAAGUUAUCAAUUGAUUUGCAUGUCAGUGAGUGAAAUAAGUAUUUGACCCCUUUCGACUUAGUACUUGGUGGAAAAACCCUUGUUGGCAGUCAAAGAGGUCAGACGUUUCUUGUAGUUGGCCACCAGGUUUGCACACAUCUCAGGAGGGAUUUUGUCCAACUCCUCUUUGCAGAUCCUCUCCAAGUCAUUAAAGUUUUGAGGUUGACAUUUGGCAACUCGAACCUUCAGCUCCUUCCACAGAUUUUCUAUGGGAUUAAGUUCUGGAGACUGGCUAGGCCACACCAGGACCUUAAUGUGCUUCUUCUUGAGCCACUCCUUUGUUGCUCUUGGCUGUGUGUAUUGGAUCAUUGUCAUGCUGGAAUACCCAUCCACGGCUCAUUUUCAAUACCCUGGCCGAGGGAAGGAGGUUCUCACUCAAGAUUUCACAGUACAUGGCCCUGUCCAUCGUCCCUUUGAUGCGGUUCAGUUGACCUAUCCCCUUAGCGGAAAAACACACCCAUCUGAAUGUUUGACGGUGGGGAUGGUGUUCUUGAGGUCAUAGGCAGCAUUCCUCUUCCUCCAAACACUGCGAGUUGAUGUCAAAGAGCUCGAUUUUGGUCUCACCUGACCACAACACUUUUACCCAGUUCUCCUCUGAAUCAUUCGGAUGUUCAUUGGCUAACUUCAGACGGGCCUGUACAUGUGCUUUCUUGAGCAGGGGGACCUCGUGGGCGCUGCAUGAUUUCAGUCCUUCACGGCGUAGUGUUUUGUCAAUUGUUUUCUUGGUGACUAUGGUCCCAGCUGCCUUGAGAUCAUUAACAAGAUCCUCCCGUGUAGUUCUGGGCUGAUUCCUCGAUGUUCUCAUAAUCAUUGAAACUCUACGAGGUGAGAACUUGCAUGGAGCACCAGACCGAGGGAGACUGACAGUUAUUUUGUGUUACUUCCAUUUGUGAAUAAUCGCACCAACCGUUGUCACCUUCUCACCAAGCUGCUUGGCGAUGGUCUUGUAGCCCAUUCCAGCCUUGUGUAGGUCUAAAUUUGGUCCUUGACAUCCUUGGACAGCUCUUUGGUCUUGGCCAUGGUGGAGAGUUUGGAAUCUGAUUGAUUGAUUGCUUCUGUGGAAAGGUGUCUUUAAGAGAGCGGUCAUAAUCUCAGCUUGUUAAUUGUAUAAAAGACACCUGGGAGCCAGAAAUCUUGCUGAUUGAUAGAGGAUCAAAUACUUAUUUCACUCAUUAACAUGCAAAUCAAUUUAUAACUUUUUUGACAUGCGUUUUUCUAGAUUUUUUUUGUGUGAUUCUGUCUCUCACUGUUAAAAUACAUCUACCAAUAAAAUUAUAGACUGAUCAUUUCUUUGUCAGUGGACAAAUGUACAAAAUCAGCAGGGGAUCAAAUACUUUGUUCCCUCACUGUAAAUGUCCUACAUGAAGAUUUUAUAGGUCCUCCCCAGUUGGGUUGAGUGGAGAUGCUAUCUAUUGUAAAACUGUUAUGAAAUAAUGUGGAAAUAUAUUUGUAAUAUAUAAUCAAUUAUUUGGAUAGUUACUGGUUUAUUAGUUCAGACUUUAGUUCAGCAUAGUUCCCUUUGGAUUUCCCAAACUAAUUUUUUGUAAAUUUGUGUUGCUUUCCAUACACAAUGAUUUCACUACACCCUCCUUUCCAAACCAUCUCAUCAGCUCUUGGCAUGAGUGCAUUCUCCAAAAAUAAAGCUAAACAUUGGUCUGCUUGCUGUUUUAUCCAUGAUUAUUGUAACUAUUAACUUGCAAACAACAUAUACUGUUGCAAACCUUCCAAACCUCUUCUAAACCUUACUCAGAUGGGUCCUAUUGUCUAGAUGUUAUCAGCAUUUUACCCUUCCACAAACAAGCAUUUUCCACAAAUAAAGAACCCUAGAAUGUUACCUCUUGUGUUAUUUUACCCCACUCCCCUUAGACUUUAAGCUCGUUCAAGAAGGGACCUCAGCACCUUCUGUUCCUGAACAUCCAGCUUGGUUUUUGUUGCAACUUGUUUGUUAGUCCACCUAUUGUACAGCACUGUGGAAUUAGUUGGCGCUUUAUAAAUAAUAUUAAUAUUGUACAUUUGAUUUCUCAUUUCACUGACUGCAAUGUGGAAACAUUUUUUAGAGAGCUAAGCUCUCUAAAAAAAUAAAUAAAUCUAUGGGUAUAUUCACUAAAUUCCAAUGGUAGAAAAUUACAAACCAAAUUACAAAUUUUAGACUUACAAAUUUUAGUCUAAAAUGUCCAAGAUAUAAUAGCUGUUGCUUGGUUGGAUAAACUGCUCUCAGUUCACCACAAUUUGUUGUUUUGGGGAAUAAACCUUAUAGAUGUACUUCUGAAUCUAAAAGGUAAUAUUGAUGUGGACCCCUUGCCCACUGUGCCUAGCAGGGAUUAGGUUGCCAUCACUGGGGAAACCCAAAAGCUGAAAUGAUUGUCUGGGUUGUUGCAUUUCUCAUGUAUAAGGAACAUUCCUGGUGUUAUUAUUAUUAUGUUAUAAUUUAUAUAGCGCCAACCAAUUCCGCAGCACUUUACAAUGGGUGGAUGAACAAACAUGUAGUUGUAACCAGACAAGUUGGACACACAGGAACAGAGGGGUUGAGGGUCCUGCUCAAUGAGCUUACAUGCUAGAGGGAGUGGGGUGAAGUGACACAAAAGGUAAGGAUAGUAUUAGACUAGUGACAGUUGCAAGAGAGGAAUCAGUCGGGAGCUAUUAACAGUUUAAUUGAAAGGCUUUUAUGAAGAAGUGGGUUUUUAAUGAUUUUUUGAAGGAGUGGAGACUGGGUGAGCAUCUAACGGAGGAGGGAAGUGAGUUCCACAGGAACGGUGCAGCCCUCGAAGUCUUGAAGGCGAGACUUUACUGGCAUUUAAAGACUUUACUGGGGUAUCACCAACCUGAUAGAUAAAAUGUUAAGGUCCCCUCUGUGAUGUUACAUGUGAGUUAAAACUUGUUUGGGAGCUGAGUGGACCCAAACACAUGGCAGAUUUUAAUUAAUUUUCAUGUGUUCUAGUUUGACUGUUAAAGAGCAUUAUAUGAUUGGGAUAUUAUUUUUUUAACGUGUAUAUGUUUUAUCUGUACAGCUAUGUUUACGAAGUGCAUGAAGUCUUUAUUCACUAAACAUCAAAUUGUACAGAAUUAAAAUCAAAAUGGAAACAUUUUUAUCUGAAAGAGCCUAGCUGUGACUAUAGUGAAGAUAGGUUAUUUUUUUACCAGAUCAGCUAUUGUAGCCUGAAUUUUGUAUGUGAUACAAUUCGGAGUUUAGUAAAUAAGCUCCUUAAAUUAUUAUGCAAUGUUGUGAUAGUCUGUGCGCGUGUAAAGUAUUUAGGCAUCAGAGUCCCAGGUCACAUUGUCAGCUUGCUGCUUCCUUUAAUAUGUUAAUUUUUUAUUAUUAAAUAUAUUUUACUAUGUAGCAUUUUCUUUGCAGAGUAGCUGAACUAACUGGAUAUGAACCGCAAGACUUAAUUGAGAAAACCCUCUAUCACCAUGUGCAUGGCUGUGACGUGUUCCACCUUCGAUACGCUCAUCAUCUCUGUAAGUCUGUAAGAGCCAAUAUCCUUUCACUAAAUUAACAUUUUAUUUAGUUUUACUAAAAGAUGGUACAACGUUUCAUGUCUUCAAGCUUUUCAUCAGAUACAUCUAAUUCUGAACCUGAAAUGUAUACCUAAGAGAUUGAAUAACAAUCACGAAAUAAUUACCCAGUAUUAUCACAUACAGGAACCACUAUCGUCCAUUAUACACAAUAUCUCUGGGUCGCUCUCAUUUCUGAUCUCCUCGUUCAUCGAACAGAGUCAAUGGUUCACUCCAUGAAUGAACAUGUUGCCCAUAUGGUAUCUGUAAUACUGUCCUUGCCAAAUAACAAGCAUGUAACAUCAGUUAAUUCUGAGCAAAGGGUGUAGCAGAGCUAAGAUACAAGAUCUCCGCUGGAAUACUCUGGAGCUGGAAAGAAACAGUGUUCAGUGAUUAUAGCCCAUUCCCCAGUAACUGGGUGCCACACAGUUCUGGGAGUCAGCUGAUUUUCUUUAGCCCAUACACAGCUUUUUAUGCACAGCCCCAUAGUAUGAGGUCUCUACAGCAAGUUUACAUGGGUUUUUCCCAAGAGUCUCUGGGUCUGAGAGAUAAUUGAGUUGGGAUGCAUGAUAACUCUAUUACCUCUCAGUUACAGGGACUAACAUAAAAUAUCACCAAACACUGGAAAAACAUAGGAAAACAUUACAGGAACCCCACAAUUCUUACAUCCCCGAAUUGCCUGUGUCUGAGCGCCCAACAUAUCUGAAAAGCGCUCAGAUUGGUUUGGUGAAACAGGAUCACUAUUCGGGAGAAUUUUUGGCCAGCUACGAGGUGAUGCCCCAAAAGAGUUCCAGAGAAUUCAGGGCAGCGGCUGGUCUUCAUUCGGGACUUCCUGCACGAACACUGAUGAACGCUCCCCCUGGCUCUUAGGUAGCGAAAGCUCCCUCCAGUCGGUAGAUCCUAUCUCCCAAACAUGGUUCGUCUAGUUAGUCGGGAAAGUGUACAUGGAGCAGUACCAUCUUAACCAGGGUUCGCGAGAACGUGUAGCCGUAAUGAGUUCCACGCACUCAAAGACCUAGUACCACUGCAUGUGUUCAGGAAAUCAAAAUGCACUGGACCACGUGCGUUUGGUUAUACGAAUGGUGGACACCCAGGGCAAGCACUCGAGUUAAUCCUUAAAUUGCAGUUGACAGACAGGUGUCGUCGGUGUUCUAAGUCAAUAAAGAGUUGGACCACACAAAUUCUGUUCGGUUCCCGAACUGGGGGGGUACGAGUCUGUUCAGUAGAACUAAAUAUAGGUUUAGGCAACCUCAGGGAAUGAUACCAGCUCCUUCACAUAGGGCAAUAUGCUAAUUCAUGAAGCAACAUUGUUUCAACUACAGCUGACUGAGCGUGAAGGAAAAACUAUUUUACAUGGUGUUUGGUAUCUACAAGCACUGAGAAAGUCUGAAACUGCUUAUCUUUUCUUUAUGGAUCUAUAAAAAAAUAAAAAAACAAUCUGUGUUAAUUUCUUCUAUCACUGAUAAAAAUGCUGUUCUCUCUUAGAAUGGGAACACGGUACUUAUACAAAGAUAUGUUGAUAUAGUAACCUAUGGUGAAUCUAAGUGUUCCAGCUCUGGAACUUGCUGUACUUGGCACGUCUACCCACUGAUAACUGUAAAAACAAUUCAUAUAUGAGAAUAGUGUCUUCUGAUACAGUUGUUAUUAGUAAAUAUUAUUAUAGUGAAUGCUGAUUCAUUCACAGUGAUUUAUAAUCAUACCUAGUGAACUCAUAGUCUCGAAACCACCAAACCCUGGAUAGUAGUUAUGAUCACUGUCGGGUUCUUAUAGGUGGUUAUUUAUUAGUACAAAAUUUGAAAUUAGGAAUUAUUUGGGUAGGUUUAAAUUAAAAAAAAAAAUAAUGAGAUGGUUAAUUGAGCAGUGAAUACAUAGUAAAUAUGAUUUAUUGUAGGAAAAAUAAAUACUAUAAUGUUUGUAAACCGCUUGCUCCUAAUAAGUGCCCUUAGUGAGAUACUGCUCUCCCAAUAAGAGUAAUCAUGAAUAUGUGUGAAUAUCUGUGUAGGAAGAAUAUAAUAAUAAUGAAAAGAUUGUAAGGUCCUAACUAGCAAAAAUAAAAAAUACAGUUUUUUAAUUGUUUUUAUGCAUCUUCAAUUAGUAAACUUUAUAAAAUGAUAUACAAAAAUGAUUUCAUAUUUUUACUUAAUGUUUUUUGUGGAUUUUUUUUCCCCAGUGUUGGUGAAAGGCCAGGUCACAACAAAAUAUUACCGGCUACUGUCUAAGCACGGAGGCUGGGUCUGGGUGCAGAGCUACGCAACCAUUGUACACAACAGUCGUUCAUCGAGACCUCACUGCAUUGUGAGUGUGAACUACGUGCUCACGUAAGUGCAGAGUUCCAUGGUAAUACAUCCCCUUGGCUGAAGAAGAAUACUCAAUUAAAAAAAAAAAAACAGUAAAACUAUUAAACAUUUAUGAUUGAUGGUGAUACAAGGCUUAUUACAGAGAUUCGUUGUGGGCUACAUUUGAGUAAUUUAGUGUACCAACUGCCAAUCAAACCAUGUGAGCCUGCCUUAUUUACUGAUUUUCAAAUUGUAGUUACUGAGCCACAAUCAUUUGUCAAAAUCAUUUUUCAAACAAAUGCCUAAUCGUACUACUACUGAACUCGAACCCUGGAGAAAACUCAAAAUACUGGAAUGGGCAGGGAGUCUAACCCAGUCUGGGUCCAGCAAGUUAAGCAGACUGUUGGAGUUAUCAGAUAUGUAAAUAUUUUUGGAUUUUUAAUAAAAUUAUUAUUUAUUAAAAAGAUUAUCUACUAUCAAUUAUAUUUAAAAAGAAAAUGUAGAUUCCACCAAUAAUAAUUACCUUACAAAAGGUGUUUUUAAGGCAAAAAUUGUGCUAUUCGUAAGGUCAAGUUGUAAGUUUAGCUAGUUUGACCUUAAAUUUGAAAUUCAAUUUUGAAUUUGAAUUCUCAGUGUAGUAAAUAACCCUGAUAGUUUUUCUUUUUUGAGGGGAUAUACACAAGUAUUUGGUACCUCCACACAGUACUGGAGAGCUCCAGACAUUUCCCUCCCUAAUAUAGGGGUGUACUGGUACAUUUACCUCCCUACAGAAAUAUAAGGAGCCAAGAGAGGUACAGUAAAACUAUUUUUAAAUGUUUUAAUCUUAAAGGACAACUGUCAUGAAAUUUUCACUUCUUGUUUUUAUAAAAUGUAUUCCAUUUUUUUAUUUUUUAUUUUAUAUUUUUUUAGAUUUCACUUUAUAUUUGACUAAGUCGCCAUGUUCGGUAAAACUCAACAUGCUGCUCAACCUAACUUGCCUACUGCAAAGGCAGCCAUCAGACACAGUUCAGAUUCUGGACCCAAGGGCCGUUCCCUGAGUCCCCCAUAAGGCCCACCCCUGCAUCCGCCCACAGUGCCCGCCCCAGAGUCCACCGACAAGGAUGCAGUGUGUUUGUGUAGUGGAUGCAGUGUGUGUAAAGUGGAUGCAGUGUGUGUGUAGUGGAUGCAGAGUGUGUGCAGUGGAUGAUGUGUGUAGUGGCCAGGGGCUUGUGAGAGUUGGAGAGAGAUUCUGAAAGAUGAAGAUUGCAUGAUUGCAGGUGCUGGCCCACUCUUCACUAAACAGGCUGGCAGUAGCUCACAGGGGCAGUGGCAAUAUAUGUCUACUAGCAAUCAGUUGCAAUUUACAUAUCAUUGCCAAAUCAGGGCUUGUUAUUCUUACUAAUAGCAGCUACAGGUAAAAUAAAGAAAUGUGUGUACUCUGGGUAAUCACAGUCUUAUUGGUGACAGAGCUUCCUCUCCCAUGUCACUCUGCUACUUAUUGAAUGAAAAAGUUCAUAUUUGCCAUUAUUCUCCCUUGUAGAGAUAUUGAAUACAAAGACCUCCAGAUGUCUUUAGAGCAAGUUACGGUUUCGAAAACACCAUUUCCCUGCAGGACCACAAUGACUACCUCACAGGAAGCACGGAAACCAGGCAAAAUGAAACCGGUGAAACUUAAAUCCAAAUCAAGAACAAAUCCGUACCCCCAGGUAAAAACCAUGGAAACCAGCGAAAUGUUUCUGAUGAUUGCUCCUCAUUUUGGAGUUGAUUUUAUAAGCAAUAACCAGGUUGAGUUAAAAUUUUAGGCAACAAAUAGCAAAAUUGGAAAAAUUGUAUAACCCACAUUUUUUUCACCUUGAUUAUUUUGUACUAAAAGUUACAUUCUCCACAAAUUGUAAUUUAUUUUAGAAAUCCUUGGCCUUAAUAAAUAUCGGAGGUCAGUCAAAUAUUAUAAAGUAAAUGUAAAAAAUUUUUAUAAAAUAACUGAGUAUCAAUAAAAUGCUCAAUAAAGUUAUAUUAGUGCUCAGCCCUCGCAAAAUCCCCUUAUAAAAAGUUUUUUUGUGUUAGGAAAAGUGUUAGCUUAUCAUAAUGAAUUGAUAUUUACAGCCAUAUUUUAUCCAGGAUUACUGGAUUGCUGCGUUGUUUUUAAUACCAAAUAAUAUAGGAGUUAUUCACCAAAGUGGCAGUGCGGCGGAAUCUGUUGGCGCUUUAUAAAUACCAGUAAUAAAUAAAAAUAAUAAAUAAAUAAAUUAAAAUUUAAGGACAAAAUAACCAAAGUGCAAAAAUGCUAUGCUUCCAGUUCAGCUUCUGUGGCCUUAGAUUUGAAAUUCACUUUGACUUCUCACUGCAGUAAAAAGCCUUGUUAGUGGUUUUACCAUAUUAUUAUUAUUUUAUUAUUUAUAUAGCGCCAGCAACCUCCGUAGCGCUGUACACACCAUUGUUAUCUGAUUAAUCCAAAUCCCAGGAAGAUAUAUUGGAUGGGAUCCUAACAGUAUGAAUGAUCAGAAUUCUUGAUUAACAGCAACUGUCAAAUACUUUCUGUCACCUUCAUGAGUUGCUUCGUUCAUUUUUUUUUUUUACAGAAUGAAAGCACUUGUAGUCAAGCAUGUGCAAACUGUACAGUCUCUCUCAUGGAAAGAGUGAGCUUAUGCAAGUGACUUAAGAAUUGUAAGGCACGACAUCGAGACUAGUGUUUGUUAUCUUGUCAUUUCUUUGCUUUUUCAGCCAUACAGCACUUUCCAAAAUGAUAAAAAUGAAUGCACCCAAUAUGGAAACUGGAAAGGGAGCCCCACGAUAAAUGCUGCAAUGACUCAAGACCAGAACAGUAAUUCGGAAAACAAUGAACUUUUAUACACCCCUGCGUACAGCUUGCCAUUUCCUUACCACUAUGGACACUUUCCCAUCGAUUCCCACGUACUAGGUGGUAAGAAACAAGGAAGGCCGUCUAGAUUUGCACAGUCGCAAGCACCCCCCUGUGAAGUGGCACGGUUUUUCUUCAGCACACUACAGACGGGUGGCGAAUGCCACUGGCAUUAUGCCAACUCUAUAGUGCAAAAUUCUCCACCAAAGAAUGUUCACGAUCCAACGGUGACACCACUUCAGCACAGCCUGGCUCAAAGUUAUGAAGGUGCGUUUGUUGUAGGACGAGUUACUAGUUUCAAAGGAAAAAAAGGUGGAUUUAUGUUUUACAAAAAAAGUAAAUAAAUUAAUGAAUAGUGAACUGUACAGCAGGUUGAUGGUUUAAUUCAUUUUUUUAAAAACUUUUACUAUUUAAGAAUGUAGGUAUUUUUGCAGUGAUACUGGGUUUGGUUUCAAACAUGAAUUGCAUAGUCCCAAACUAGGGUUAGAGUGUGGUGGAGCAAGCACCAGGGAACGCCAGUGACGCAAUGCACAUCAAUUACUUUAUGGCUCUGUUGUACGGCAGGAGGUUUUAAAAAGGGGGAUAAUAGCCCCGUGCUUGUGUGUGCCAGGCUGACAAAUAUCUCUGCAAACCAUAUAUACCAAAUAAAUGGAAAGUACAUACCAAACAGUUGUGGUGGGGAAAAAAGUGUGGAUGAAAACCCCUUCCACCUGAAGUAAGUGGAUAGUUAAUACAUUGCUAAACACAAAUACACACACCAGUCUAGCUGUUGUAUACAGCAGACACAUACUCCAAGGAAUCCAUGUAUAAAGUGGAAUUAUAGGGUAAAAAUGUGGUUCUUUGUUGAGCUAAUUUGCAUUCGCCUACCCAGAAUCCCUUGCAGUAGUGAGAGCACUGUUAAAGUGAAUUUCUGUGGGAAAAGCAAGUCUUAUGGCUUGACUGGUGUGUGUAUUUGUGUUUAGCAAUGUAUUAACUAUCCACUUACUGCAGGUGGAAGGGGUUUUCAUCCACACUUUUUUCACCACCACAAGUCUGUUGGUAUGUACUUUACAAGUGUGUGUAUUUGUGUUUAGCAAUGUAUUAACUAUCCAAAUAAAUGGAAAUGUAUUUAUAUUAACAUUUAAAAGGGUUGGUAGUGAUGUCACAUAUGAGAUAUGAGCAUACAUCUCUUUUAAAUGCAAUACACAGACUGUUUAGGUAGCAGAGUCCCCUUAAACUAGAGUUAUCAACAUGUUACUCUACAAUAGUCUAUAGACUGUAUCUACCAUGAGGAAUUAUUAACCUAGGCACAAGAACCCCGAUCUAAAUAGUCAGCCAAAAACAUUCACUUUCAUAACACCGUUUCCAAUUUAAUUGGACUCUACUAAACAUAAGUGUAUUAAGUGACUAAUUCUUAUGCUUUUAUUAGGAGGUUACUAUUUUACAAAACUGGAUUCAUACUUUCAACUUUCUCAGUAAUAAAAAAUAUCUAUAAGGUCCUAUGCAGUGGAACAAAGUCUCUGUGACUAUUUUUUGUCUUGAUACUGUUUUGAAAGCCCUGUCCACAGGAGAGGAUGGAUACAGUAACAGUGAGUUAGUGUUUUGUGGGCAUAUACAAACUAUGAGAUGAUGGUUAAGGCAGAAGGAAUAAGGUGAUACUGAAUGUGUGGGUUAAAAGAGAGGAAAGAAUUAGUUAUGACAAAGCUGGGUCAUGCUUUGCUAUUGCUAGUUGAGGAUAUAAUAAUGUAAUUAAUAAAAAAAAAAGUAUAGUAAUGGAGAGAAAGUGGAAGUAGUUCAGUUAUCAGCAGGCUAUAUUUCAGGCACUGGUGAGGCAUCCACUGUCCUAAAGCGGCACUGUAACUAUCUGGGCGACUUGCAUAAUUUCCGAAGACCACUGACAGUGACAUUGCAGUUGGUGGUCCAGUGGCUGAGCGGGGGAGGAGGGCAGGCAAAGGUGAGUAUAACUUAUCUGAACCUGCCCCUUGUGGAUACUGUCACCUUCUUCCGGCCGAUCCUCUUUUGUUGAAGUGCCAGGACCCAACGUGUCACUGCUGUAAUUUCGCGUAUGUAUGAGAGUACAGUAUUGAGGUUUUUGGAGGAUCCUGCAAGACUGUGAGAUCCUCUAUAGAUAGAGCCAAGUCCCUGCAUUGACACUUCUAGAUUGCGGUAGUUCUGCCAAGGUCAGGCAUAGGAAAAAUAAUCAGGCAAAGUAGUCCCUACCAGUCUCAGUAUAUCUGGGUUGGAAUUUCAGUGAAAUUUUAACACAGUCACUAUGAGAAUUUUAUAAAUAAUCUAUCUUUGAAAACACAACUAAUAUCUUUAUUUUUCUUUAUAUGUCAACAGCAACUAAGAGAUACAGUGAUGGAGACAACCUGUCUGAAGGAUUUAUUGGAUGCUCAUCAUCAAGACCGAACAACAGAUACAAAGAUGAACUCUACUGUGCGACGGCCAUGAAGACCAAUAAGUUGGAAACCAGGUCAACGCCAAUUUACCACACUGUUAAAGAGGAAAACAAGUUGACUUUCAGCAGAUACCAGCAGGAGAAAAUGGCAGCCAGUGAGAAGCACUAUUCCAAUGCUUUGAACAAUUCUGUUCUGCCAAAGUCUGAAUGCCUUCAUGCAAAGACUAUCGGACAAUUAAGCCAUCUCUUACCAAGACCGAUGGUUUAUGAGCAGACACGAAGGAUUUGUAUGAAGGAAACCCGAUAUGGGAAUGUCAACCAUCAUCACACAGGUUACAAUGAACUAGAAAACAAUGAACGAGUGACUCCAAAAUUUCCGCACCCCAAUACAGAACAUGAGCACUUCAAGUCUAGUGAACAAGCGCCCUAUGUACCUCUUAAUUACCAUCAUGUGUUAACCAAACAUGGGACGUGCCAAAUGUCACCGUGUUCCGGAGCAGAUCAUGGGACAGAAAGCUAUGGUUGUAACUCUGAAGAUGUGAACUCAUUUAUUUACAAAAACCAAAGUCUGUCAUCCAUCUCUUCCCCAGAGACCCAAAGGGAAACUGCACUUCCACAUUAUAUUGGGACUUCGGUAAUAAUAACCAAUGGAAGGUGACAGUAUCAUUGGUGGUUUUAGUUUGCUAAUAAAGAAAUGGAAUUAUUCACACGGUAUCAGGAUAAGACAUGGUGACCAAUCACUCACCUUGCAAAACUGAAGGUCAUUAAAGGACAAACAAACAUGUGCCCUUGGCAAACCAAGUGUAACCAAAGCUGAUAAGAAAUCAUACUCUUAGCUCCAGAGUAACGUAUACAGAGUAAUAUUAAUCUCUGGUGUAGACCAGGCCAUUUGAGAAGUCAUGUGCCGGAUCAUAUUUCACUAUUUCCGACUGCAGAAUUAAUGAAAGUGAUACAUGCAGUUUAACAUGUACAUGAGGAAAGUAAAAAAAAAGAAAAUAUAACCUGCUGUAACAAAAAAAUAAAUAAAUACAAAGUGAAAAAAUUAAGCAAGUCCAUGGGGAGAGAUGUAUAAAUAAAAACUUAAUUGCUAAAUAUAUGCCCCUUAGUCUUAUUUUUGCAUCUGCGUUUUAUACAAUGCUGAAGAUCUGUGAGUAAUCUUAACAGGCUAUAGAAAUAAUAAAAUAAUUCACAAAUAAAUGUUUUCACAAAUCUGAAUAUAAAAUAAAAAGGCCCAAUAAUGGAUAUAUUCAUUAAACAUAGGAUUUUGGUAUGAUGACAACUAAUUUAAAAAAAAAGAAAAACAAAUUAUCCAAUCUCCAAAUCAACUGAGUCAGAGUAUAUUUCAAACUCAGCUAAAUUUUUCAAGUUGUCAACUCACUACAAAUCGCUUAUUUACAGACUUAUUCAGUAACGUGUGAAUGGUUUGGAAGUCAAAGAAAAUUCAAAUUUAAGGGCCAAAAUAUGUUAACUGAAACCCUAGCUAACCUAUUAAAUGUUCUCAAAUUGGCUGUUUUUGACCUACAAUUUGAAAUUCAGCAAUAUUUGUAUUUUGGUGCAGCCACACAAGUUGCACAUAGUUGCCCAAUUUCUGUCUCACCCACACAUUAUACAUCUCUCCCCCGUUAUUAGACAAAUGUAACACAAUGCUCCAGGUAGCUUUCUGUUAAGCCAAUUAAAACAAUUCUUCUUUUAAACAUGUCUAUAGUAAUGUCAAACAGGCUGGCAGCCAAACACUGCCUUUGUAUACCUAAUAAAAGUUAAUCUGAGCAAAGAUGUCACAAUACGAG